AUGGAGUCGCAAGCGCUGGACUCGGACUCGGGCGUGGACGAGUCUCUCGUCGCGCCGCUGCUGGAGCUCGGCAUCCCCGAGGUGGCGGCGCGGCGGGUGGGUCGGCCGGUGGAUCUCUUUCUCUUGGGGGAGGGGGAUGGGGGCCGCUUGCUCCUUGUGGCGCUGGCGGCGCCGGGUGUGGGCCGGGAUCCACCCCCUGCAGCCGAUCCUCACGGCCGUCUCCCUUUCCCUUCCCGCAGGCUCUAGCGCUCACCGGGGGCCGCUCGGCCGAGGCGGCGGCGCAGCUCUACUUCAGCAGCGGACUCGAUUCCCAGGUAAUCCCGUCCCGAUCUCCCCCGCCCGAUCCCGUUUUCCUGCCUCCUGAUCCCGCCGGGGAUCAUUUUCCGGCCUAACCCAGCGCACUCCUCUCUCUUUGUUUCAUCGACCCUGCCCUACGCUUUUUUCAGUCCUUGACCCGCAAACCUUUCUUUUUGCUGACGCGGUUUCUGAGCAUGUGAAGGGCGCCUCUUAAGCCCCGGCACGCUCUGGAAUUGUCUACCGGGGACUCCCGCGUCGGAGGGUGUGUCGCCCCGAGGUGAUCCUCACGAGGCGACUGAGCAGCUAUCUGAGAUAUUUUUGACCCCGUGCUGCGACGGUACACACGUGCCCAGCAACCGCGUGCACGCAUUCUUACUCCCCAUCCCUUGAAAGACGGGUUUUUGCUUUUUCCCCGCACCCACUCGCCUGUCUGCGCGCGUGUGGUUUUCCUGGAAAGCGCAGAUGAGGAUUAACCUCCCCAAGCCUAAUUUUAGUGGAAAUAAUAGGAACCUGUGGGUGUCAGGGAAGGCCUCUUGCCUGUAUAUGUAUGUCUGUGGGUUCCACAUUGGUGACCUGUGACAAUAGAAACUAAUCGCUGCUGCCUGUUUCACAGCCAUUAUUCUUUAGCCUGUCUCUGUGAGUAACUGUGUCUGAAACACCUACGUAUAAGCAUGUUCAAUACUUAUAACUGAAGCUCUUCCCCUCUUUCUCCAUUUUGCUCUGUUAACCUACUUAAUGAAAGAGCCCAUCCACCGCACCUAUCUGGUUUUUAGGAUGCAACAUGGUACAGUGCCGAUUAACUGGUUCAUACUGAAUGGUUAUGGAUGACCAGCAAUGAGAGUAUUUAGCGCCUAGAUUUUUGUGAUAUGCACUGAAGGCCGUAAUGCUGGAUUUGCAUUAAACCAAUAGAAGGGGGAGAGUGUUUACAGAAAGCCUACAUCCCUCCUGCAAAAUGAGAAGCCCUGCUUUUUACAUAAAGCAAGUCCACUUGUGAUUUACAAUAUGCAUAAUCUACGUGUUGGUAACCUCAAGAUUUGAUUAGUGCAAAGCCCUUGGGUCUGGAAGCUUUGGUUAGUGCAGAAUGCUAUGGCUAGACAGGAAAGAGACUACCAACAACACAUGACGUUGUUGCUAAGACUUCCCAUUUGCUACUGGACCAAGUUCAAGGUUUUUGUACCAGAUCCGUGCAAAGGACUGAGCCCACACAAUCUGCCAUGGCUUCAACCUCCAGCUGCCUGCCAGUCCUCUGGGUUUCUACAGUCGGUGUGGACAUUGACUGUGUGUUGUUCUCUCUAAGUAAUGCCUUCAGCAUCUCCUUUUCCCACACUGUGUGGGAGACAACUUCCAUGAAGUUUUUAAGCAGAGGUUGGGUGUGUGGAUCUGUCAUGUGUGAUCUAGUUGAGAUUCCUUCAUUGCAGGGGGUUGGACUAGAUGACCCUGGGUUUCCCUUCUAACUUUACAUUUCUAUCCUUCUAUGCACAACGGCCUAAAUAACUUAGGCCCAGGGCUGCUUGAGGAUUGCCCAAAUCAAUAACUCAUACAGUCCUGGGGGAACGCUGCUAGCUGUUCCCUGUGGGCCAGAAGCACGACUGGCUUUAAGAAACUAAGCCAAUUGUUGCCCCAACUGAGACAAUGAUAUUCUCUUGGCAAGGGGAAGCAGAAAGCUUAUACAGUGGUGCCCCGCAAGACGAAAAACUCGCUAGACGAAAGAGUUUUCCGUUUUUUGAGUCGUUCCGCAGGACGAAUUUCCCUAUGGGCUUGCGAGUUCUUGCGAGUUUGUUUCCUUUUUCUUAAAGCCGCUAAGCCGUUAAUAGCCGCUAAGCCGCUAAUAGCCGUGCUUCGCAAGACGAAGAGACUCACGGAACGGGUUAAUUUCGUCUUGCAAGGCACCACUGUAGAUGCCCUGCUCUGAAAGCAAUGUUAGAUCAGGAAAAUACCUUUCUUCUUUCCCCAGCCUUGUGCUGAUUAAAGCUCCUUGGGGAAGAAUCUGUCCUUUUAAUAAAAAAUACUGGAAAAAGGAAAAACCUGUCCUUUAUUUUAGUGGCAGGAAAUUAUUAUUAUUAGUAAUAGUAGUAAAAAAAAAUCAAAUUAAAAAAUUAGUAAUAUAUCGCCCUUUAUCCGAAGAUCACAGGGCAGUUCACAACAGAAAACAUAACCUUGGUCCUUGGUCUUUCGGAGUCCUAGUCUAUGCAUUCAGAAUAAUCAUAUAGUUCAUUCAGCUCUGCUGCAGGAGGAAGGUUGCAGCGGGCCUGCCAAAGGGCUGUCAUGUGUAAAUAACAUAGCUGAGAUUUGUGGUCCUGCAACUGUCUCACUCUGCUAUUCUGGUGAAGUGAUUGCAGUACACUAGACCCUCAUAAAGGCUUCCUUAGCACCGCUUUCCAUGGUGAAGUAGGACGGACCUAAUUCCACAGGUACUAAACAGCUGUAUUUGAGUGUGGGCUGGACCUGGGUGUCAGACCAGGCUUGUGGGAAAUGGCGAAGGGCUGUAGGACAGAUUCAGUCUUCAGAGACAAGCCUAGGAGAGACCUCUGGCUGAAACUCUGGAGGACCAUUGCUGGCCAAGUGUAGACAAUACGGAGAUGGCUGGACCAGUGGCCUAACUCAGUAUAACACAACUAUCUGUGAUCCUGAGCUGUAAACAGGAGAGGCAGGUGACUACGCUGUGACGAAAGGGACUUGAUCAUCACCAUCUCUUUCCAGGAAGAAGAGGAUGCACAAGGCAGCGGUUACUAUAAGAUGGUCUUUGUGGUGAACAUGGAGCUCUCCAUGGGGACUGGAAAGGUAAAGCUACUCAUGGGUUGUGUUCCGGCCCUUUUAAGUGGCCUUUGGCUUUGCUUGCUGAUUUGCUUACAUGUGGGCAGGAUGCCUGCAGUGCAGAGGGCUGGACUAGAUGUCCUCAGGUUCUCCAUCCUUGGCUUACACCAUCGAGGGCAUUUAUCCAAGGCUGAAAAGUGAAAGCGAGCAAGAGCCCUUGAGUAAUGAGGGACUCCUGGUUUUGCAAUACAUUUGUGGAUGGAGGCCCAGUAACAAUACUGGUGCAGCUGCUACUGAAAUAAGUCAACCUGCUAUUGCUUUGCGCUAUCUAGAAGAUGAUUUGGGUUAUGAUGCCUAACGUUGCCAGCCUGCGCCUUGCAGGCGAUGGCAAGGUAUCUCUGAAGCAGGCUGUCUUCUUCUGUCUUUGUAGCGAUGCUUUGGCGCAAGCCGUGCGAGGGAAGUGGGUUUCUUGUUUCUCUCUCCUCCCCCCCCCCCAAUUUUGAAUUCAUUUUUAUUUGAUUUUACAAAUAUAAAGUUAUAAAAAUCCAAAUCCAUGUGCAGAGGUUACUUCAAAUCUCACAACUUCCCCCCACCCCCUCCACGGGGUCCCAUUUUGAACAUUUACAACUGCAUAUUGUUCCAUGUGCUAACUUUUAUAUAAAUCCGUAUUGUCCAUGCUAUUUGUUAGACUACAAGUGAAAUCAAAAUCCUGCCAAUAAUAAUAAUAAUUUUUUAUAUAUAUAUCCCGCCCAUCUGGCUGGGUUUCCCCAGCCACUCUGGGCGGCUUCCAACAAAAUAUUAAAAUACAAUAGUCCUUCAGAUACUAAAAGCUUCCCUAAACAGGGCUGCCUUCAGAUGUCUUCUAAAAGUCUGGUAGUUGGUUUUUUCCUUUGACAUCGGCUGGGAGGGUGUUCCACAGGGCGGGCGCCACCACCAAGAAGGCCCUCUGCCUGGUUCCCUGUAACUUCACUUCUCACAGUGAGGGAAUCACCAGAAGGCCCCCGGCACUGGACCUCAGUGUUCGGGCAAAACGAUGGGGGUGGAGACGCUCCUUCAGGUAUGUUUCCAUCUCUUGUUGUUGUCGUUGUUAGUCAUGUCCGACUCUUCGUGACCCCAUGGACCAGAGCAUGCCAGGCACUCCUGUCUUCCACUGCCUCCUGCAGUUUGGUCAUUUACAACUGCGUAUUAUUCCAUACUGCUGACUUCUCUAUCAGUCCAUAUUGUCCAUGGUAUUUGUUAAACUAUAAGUGAAAUCAAAAUCCUGCCAAUGUUUCCAUCUCAUUACAGUGGUCUCCUAAAUAACUUAUAAUUUUCUUCCAUUCUUUCAUGAAGUUUUUGUCCUCUUGGUUUCUGAGUUUCCCGGUUGGUUUUGCCAUUUUGGCUUGGUUUGCCGUUCCUCUCUGGUAGGGACCUUUGUCUUCUUUCCCUUUCUUGAUUCUUGGUGCUUAUUGUUGCAGAUCGCCGCUCAAGUGGGGCACGCCGCAGUUGGCCUGUUCCAGUUGUUGCAGGAGAAGUCGUCUCACAGGGACAUCAUCAACCAAUGGGAUGAACAAGGGUAAGGAAGCAAAAGGGGAAUCAGGCCUGCGGAGGGCACCAUCCUCCUAAGACAGGGGUCAGCAAACCUUUUCAGCAGGGGGUCGGUCCACUGUCCCUCAGACCUUGUGGGGGGCCGGACUAUAUUUUGAAAAAAAAAUAUGAAUGAAUUCCUAUGCCCCACAAAUAACCCAGAGAUGGAAUUUAAAUAAAAGGACACAUUCUACUCAUGUAAAAACACGCUGAUUCCCGGACCGUCCGCGGGCCGGAUUUAGAAGGCGAUUGGGCCGGAUCUGGCCCCCGGCCUUAGUUUGCCUACCCAUGUCCUAAGACCUUGCAGAAGGGGCAGUGUGUGUCUGUGUUGAAGCUUAUUCAGCUUCUGGCUGAGCCAGAGCAAACUCCUCCCAAGUCUCUCCCAGAUGAACUGAGAAGGUGCAUCAAAGACGCUGGCUUGGGUUCACAGUCAAUUCCCAACUUAGCAUGUUGGCAUUGGCGAGAUGGAGGUGCGCUCCUCUUGAGGAGCUUAAAGGCGGUUGCUUAUAGUCUGUUGAUCCAGGCCUGAAGCCUUGAUCGUAGUACUUUCUGGUUUCCUCUUGAGUCCAGCAGAUGACAUGGCCCAGGGGCUUUUUGAUAUUUUAACCGGCUUGCUGAACACCUUAUGAAUCCAGCACGCCUAGCUUGGUACCCUGCAGAGCAUAUUUCAGUGUCAUGUGCGCUGAUUUUUUAUGGGGGGUGAGGUGGUCACACAGGAAGUGCUGGGGGCAUGGCUGUGGAUCCCUCCAGAACAGUUGGGGAAAGGUUUUUAAGUCCUUUAAACAAAAUACACCUGAUCUUUGUGCCAGUCCUGCACGGACGUCUGAGAGCUUUCCAGGUACGCAGGUUAGCAUGUGCCUAAUCCCCAGGACCCAAUGCUGCUGCUGUUUGUAGUCUCUGAAAUAGGCUUGUAGGUCCUAAUUCCUGGGCUGCUGGUCUCUGUAGCUGCCUUAGGGCAGACUCUUGGGCUGGAGGUGCAAGAUUCUGCGCCGGGGUGGAGUGGGAGCUGGUAUUACACUCAAGAUUGCUUUGCCUUUCUCUCAGCGCAAAGAAAGUCGUACUGCAGGGUUCCAACACUGACCAGUUGCUGGAGCUGCACGCCUUGGCCCUGAGCCUGGAACUGCCAACAUACCUAGUGCAAGAUGCAGGGAGGACCCAGGUAAUAGGCCAAAGACUCUGAAAGUCGGUUUGCGCUUCCUAGGUAUGUUGCCUUGAACAAAGCGAAUGUACCUGGUUCUUGUGUUUUGCAGGGAUGCUAGCUGGUAGGUGUGUAAGAAAAGAGGACUUUAAUUUCUGCACAUGGGGGGGUUGACCUUCUUCGUUGGGCAGAUUGGGUAUGUUUGCAAAUACCUAAUUCUGGUUUCAGAACUUGAAGGGGAGCAAAAGGAUGUUUUUAUUUUCUAGUUAGGGCUCUCUUUUUAUAGGGCAGGAUCAUUAAGGGCAGUAGGUUUUGAAAUUAUGAAAGUUUCUACUGAAUACUGGAGAACCUUGGUUAUGGGAAGACUUAGAAAUAAAAUAAACAAAGCUUCUGCCUUUUAAGCACUGGAAUACUGUUUCUAAGCCUGUAGUUGAAACUGGUGUCUAUUAAGGUUCCCCCCCUACAAUAUUGAACAGAGUUGCAAACUUAUGCAACUUUUAUUUCUGAAAGGUUCCUUCCAGGUGAUAACAAAAGCUGUGUUCUGUGGCUAGCUGUACAGUUGCUACUUUGAAAGAUCCUUUGCUGCCAAGGGGCAAGCUACAAACCUGAAAAAUUGAGCCUGACAUUCAAAAUUCACAUCCACUUAAAAAAGCACACACACAUUGCCAAUUUAGAUGAGGCUAUCUUGCUGACCUCAACUGUUUCCUCUUUAGAAUCCCCACCCCUCGCCCUCCCAAAAAACCCACCUAUGUUCAACAGCACAUACAGUAAGAAUGUCAUUUAUUUACAAAGAUCUGGUUUAAACUACUGUAGUAGCCCAGCAAAAUAAUUUCCCGAUACCUUGAGUGUGGGAAUGUUGAGGAUAGCAGGAGAGGAUAUAUUGAUUAAACAAUAUCUUUCCUCACUCAUGCUAAUGAGCUGGUAGCAGAGCACAUUCCCUUGUACAUUACAGGAAGCUUGUUGAUAGAUUCGUUAGAACCAUUUGAGUUAAGCAAUCCAGUCUGGCUUGUCCAGAUCGGAUUGUUCCUGGUAAAUCCCCUUUAGUUACCUCUUAAAAACAAUAAUGACACAACAGUCUUCUUUUAAAAGUAAUGGUAAGGUUUACUUACAUUCAGUUCACAGUACGGUCCUGAAAGCAGGCUUUAGCUUGUAGUAAAUCAGUGCCGGAUUUACGUAUAAACUAAAGAAGCUAUAGCUUAGGGCCCCACUUUCUUGGGGCCCCCAAAAAAAUUUAAAGGGGCAAAAACCUGGAUGUACAUUUCCAAAAUAUAAGAUAAAAACAAAUAAAAUAAAACCUACAUACAGCAAAUGGCUUUAGAGACGUAUUAGGUCCAUAAAUUACCAUAUAGCAUAUAUUCAACACAAAAAAACCUGACAAUUUGUUGUUGACAAAGGACAGCUGGACAUAUAAAGGGCCCCAUUACCUUCAGUAGCUUAGAGCCUCGUCAAACCUAAAUCCAGCUCUGGUUACAGUUACAGAGAAAUAUGUGGGCUCGUUCUCUGUGAGGGAUGAGUCCACGUGCUGCUGGCUGAGAACCAGCAGAGAGCAAAAGGCAUAAUGGAGAGAAGGGAUCAAGAGAGUAAGAGGAAGAUGAGAAUGAAGAAACCCCGACAAAAGAACAGUGCCAAAAGAAAUUGACGAACUAUGCAGAACUGGCCAAAUUGACAUACAAAUUGUGAGACAAGGACAACUGUGACUUCAAGGAGGAAUGGGAACUUUAUACAAAUUAUUUAAAAACACAACAAAAUGAAGUGGACUCCUUGGCAGGUUUUGAAUAAACGUACACAAAUUUAUUGUUGAUAACAUGAUGGACAGAUAUGUAAGGAUAUAUACAAUUUUAUAAUAUGCAGAGAAAAUAUGUGCAGCGAAAUCAGGGAGAGGAGCUGAGGGAUGUCCUUGGUGUCGGGGGGGAAAGGGGGGGAAUUAUGUAGGUGAUUAUAUGGUUUGAUAAUUUGUUAUGUGGAAAUUGAGUGAUAAUUUUAUUUCAUUUUUUUAAAGAGAGAGUAAGAGAAAGAUUGGACGCAGGUGGUGCUGUGGGUUAAACCACAGAGCCUAGGACUUGCCGAUCAGAAGGUUGGCGGUUUGAAUCCCUGCGACGGGGUGCGCUCCCGUUGUGCAGUCCCUGCUCCUGCCAACCUAGCAGUUCGAAAGCACGUCAAAGUGCAAGUAGAUAAAUAGGUACUGCUCCGGUGGGAAGGUAAACGGCGUUUCCGUGCGCUGCUCUGGUUCGCCAGAAGCGGCUUAGUCAUGCUGGCCACAUGACCCGGAAGCUGUGCGCCGGCUCCCUCGGCCAAUAAAGCGAGAUGAGCGCCGAACCCCAGAGUCGGCCACGACUGGACCUAAUGGUCAGGGGUCCCUUUACCUUUAAGAGAAAGAUGGCUGCAUGACUAGCCGCUUUAUAGGGUCUGCCAGGGUCACGCCCAUCUACCUGGUCUCACGCAGGCGAAGGAUGCUCCAGACCAGGUGUGACAGGAAGUCCUCCUGGCUGGAGCAACGUCCCCUGUGUGUCCACUCUGGGCAAACAGGAAAUGCUGUACUUGCCUGCUUCAGUGAUGUUGCAUCCCACGUUGAGAGCUAUCGAAAGUAUACAGCAGGGGUGAGAGCACGGUAGAUCGAGGUGCGGCCCCAGCGCUCUGGCUGCUCUCUCCUCAGGGCUUUGCUUGCCCCAGCUGUGGGGUGUCCUCUCUGUGUUCCAGGUUCCGACGGGCUCCCACACAGUCCUCGCCAUCAUGGGGGAGGAAGAGAUGGUGAACCAGGUGACCGGGCAGCUGAAACUGCUGAACUGAGAAGUGCUUCAGAGCGUGGCUCUGUCCGCCCCACGUGGAGUCCGCGGGGCCGCUGCCCCUGUGUGUACGCACACGCUUUUCUCGUGGGAAGAGGAAGCUCCUGCCAACAGCAGCUCUCGAAGGCCCGUCAGGGCAGCAUGCCGAACAGAGGGGUGGCUCUCCUUUGCGAUAAGAGGAGCGCUCCUUUUCUCCCCCCCCCCUUUUCUUUUUCUUUCCAGUACGGCAGAGGCUUUAAAGCUCUCUCCCCCAGUUGGAUUGUUAGGGUUCUCUCCCCAGUGGCUCUGUCAUGGAUAUAGGUCUUCAUUUCCCAUACCGCCCUCAAACCAGGUGUGAUGAUGUGCAGGUGUGGCCCGAGCUUCUGUGCGGAGGGAAACCAUGAAAGGAAUGCUGGGGUCACCUGGCAGCGGGAAGGCUGACCUUGUACCUAACGCAUCGCCGCCUCUUGUCAGUCUCGUUCGGGGCACUAUUAUUAUUAUUACUGAAGGAAUGAAGAUGCCGCAACCCCUCUGGACCGCUUAUUGUGUCGCUGAACUGCUCUUAGGAAGCUGUCGUUAUCUCUGUUUUAGCCAAAAGUAGUUGAAAUCCCUUGUCUUUGUAUUCCUGCUUGUGGACUGUUUUCCCAUCUUUGCGGCAUCCUUCCUGUUACCCUUUUCAGAUGACUUCAGGGGGUGGGGGGUGGAAAAGGAUUUUGAAAAUAGAGUUCGCAACGUACUAUCACGUCUCCAGCCAACGGAUGGGGGAUGGAAUAAGGAAUGGCUGUGCUGGGACACAUCCAGAAAUAGGCCAUAGCUGACACAGGAGGGUUAAAUCAGACAUGGAGAACUUUUUUUUCCUGCUGGGGGGCUGUAUUCCUGGGUGGGUGGGGGCAAUCAUUAGGGCUGCAUGCUAGCAGUGGGUAGGAUCCGAGUCCAAAGUGGGUGGGAUACCGUCCUUUUCUCCCCUGCCUUCUCAUCUUCCCCACCCCACCCAAUUUUGCUCCUUUCCCAGCCACCCACAUGAAAUUAGGCUGUGACGUUUGUCUGCCCACCCUUGUUUUAUAGCAGCAGAGAGAGGCAGCCAGAGCAGGGGUAGUCAACAUGGUGCCCUCCAGAUGUUGCCGGACUCCCAACUCUCAUUGGCCUCAGCCAGCAUGACCAAUAAUCUGGGGUGUGUUGGGAGUUGGCUGUUCAGCAAAAACCUGGAAGGCCUAAUGUUUCCUACCUAGCCCAGAGCUAAGGUCCAAUGUAGAAGAGAAUGCAGCUUUGCUGGUGUUCGGCGGUGUGCGAUCCUUUCCUUCCCCUUCUGUCCAAUUAAAAACCCAAUGUGAGUGUUCCUGUUUCGGUAGAACAACAGUAUUCAACGAAUAAAUGAAAAACAUGCCUCUUGAGAAGGGAUUCAUGAGAAGGGAAGCGGGGGGACGGGAUGGGACUUGAGAGCUCUGCUGCGCGGGUACUUGUCGCGUGGUGGGGCAUUUUCCCAAGUGGCAAAACAGAUGUCCGCUCGCCUUGGUGUCGUUCCCAGAACAUCUCCCUAAGGCAUGUUUUAGUGUUUGUUCCAGAUUCUCACACAUUCAGAACAAGAGGCCCACACACCAGGUCUGUGACGGAGGCUUGUUGUGAACGUGGGUCUCUUGUUGUAGCGGUUUUUCUACCUGCUAGACAUUUAUAUUUCCAGAACUCUCCCCUAUACCAAACUGCAACCUGCAAUCCAUUUUUGGACUUUGCGUCCUUUCCCACCGGUGUCUUCUGCUGUGAAAGGAAUGGAUGGCGGCCAUUUUGAAUUUUUAUGAUAGCAGAAACUUGGGGGUACAGUCUAUACAGGAGCCUGGGAUUGCAUGGCUUGACUUAGCUUUUAUAUAGGGUUGUGUUCACUCAAGUCUUGGGUCAUAAAAUUGGGGUCAGUGGCUCUGGGCGUAGCCAAGAUUUUUUGGGGGGGCAGGUCUUUUGUUGGGGGGGCAGGACCUCAGUUAGCUAUGUGUUUUUAUUGAUUUGGGGGGGGGAGUUGCCCCCUUGGCUACACCCAUGUCAGUGGCCCUGCCAGUUGAAGGCCAAAACUGUUAGCUUGUCUAGAUGAAAGAAGGUAAACCUGGUAUGUGGUUUGCUUGACCAAAGUUACCAGCUGUUUUCCGACAGGGCUCUCUACCUGUUGAAACAGAUAUUCCCUAGGUGUCGUUUAUCCCAGCAUGCAGAUGACGUGAUGAGAAAAGCUGUCUGCUUUAAUUUUUUAAGCGUUUGUUUGUUUUCUUUAAAAAAAUACAUAGGUAACUCUAGAUGCCACCUGUAACACCUGUAUUGCUGCUUGUCCAGUUCAGUUUUCAGUACACAUUGACAGCUGUGGAAAUGGCUGCCAAUUCUAUGUCAAAAGUUGGAACAGAAGAUGUAAUAUCACCCCCACCCCCUAAUUUUGUUUUCAGGUGGAACUCUAGUUGAAGGUCUUUUUCUAGCUGUAGCUUCAAUUAAUAUAAAAAAACUCUCUGCUGGUUGGUUGCAUAGCUCUAUGUCCAUGGGAAUUACGAUGGUUCUGUUAUAGUAAAUUUGGAAAAGAAAAAGCUUAUGAGUGUUGCAAAUAGGCCAUUCACCCAGAGGCCCGGGAUAUUGCAGUCCAGAUAAGAUUUGCCAUCAAACUCCCCUCCUUUAAAACGUGGCACAGUAUUGUGGUGUGGCCCAAUAUUUGACUUCAAAAGAGGAAACUUUCCCCAAGUGAGGAGACUUAUAAAAAAGGAAGUUGAAAGGUGAAGCCCAGAGGAUUGAGUCACUCCAAAAUGCUUAGGAGUUGUUUGAAAAUGCAAUAUCGGAAGCUCAGCAGGAAUGUUUGUGGCAGACCAGGAACGAUGUCAUGAGGACCAGUAGGAUGCCAGCAUGAUGAAAGAGCAGAGUCAAGGAAGUUAUUAAGGAGGCCCUUUUCAAAAUACGGAAGCCUUAUCUAAAUGAAAAGGACAAGAAGGAAGCAAAAGCUUUGGUUCAUAUACACAGUAAGGGAUGCGUAAAGGAAUUUGAGGUGCACAUUGCUAAAAGCAUUAAGACUUAACAACAAAGAAGUUAUUUAAAUACAUUAGUAGCAGGAGACCAUCUAGGGAUGUGGUUGGACCUUUAUGACAAGGAGGUCAAAGGAGGAUGAGGAGAUGGAGAAGCUGAAUGAAUUAUUUGCAUCUGUCUUCACAGUGGAAGUUAUAGGGCAGAUUGCAGUGCCUGAAAUACUUUUUUGCAGGAUGGAGCCUGAGGAACUGAGGCAGUCAGUGGUGUUUAGAGACGAAAGUCUAGGUCUAACAGACAAAAUGAAAACUGACAACUUGCCGGGUCUGGAUGGCGUCCACCUGAAAAGCUCUCAAAGAACUUAAAUGUGAAACUGCAGAACUUCUCACAAAAAUAAGUUACUCAGAUCAGCCUCUAUAGCCAAGGACUGGAAAGUAACCUAUGUAACAUCAAAAAGGGAUCCUGGAAAUCACUGGCCGGUUAGCUUAACGCCUGUCCUGGGAAAACUGGUGGAAAGUAUUGUUAAAGAUAAAAUAACCAAGCAUAUAGAAGAACAAGUCUUGCUGGAGCAGAGGCGAGCAUGGCUUCUGUAAGGGCAAGUCUUGUCUCACGGACCUAUUGAGGUAUUUGAGAGUGUUAACAAGCAUAUAGAUAGAGGUGAUCCAGUUGACAUAGUGGACUUGUGACUUUUCAAAAAGCUUUUGACAAGGUAGCCCACUACAGACUCCUGAGUAAGCUUAGCAGUCCUGGAAUAAGGAUCAGGGAUUGCUUAGGUUGGAGGCCCCAGAGUCUGAAUAAAUGGUCAAUUCUCAGAAUAGAGAUGUAAAAAGUGGAGGGCCGCCAAGGAUUGGUAUUGAGACCUGCACUUUUUAACUUGUUAUAUUCAGGAUCUAGAGUUAGAAGUAGGCAACAAGGUGGCCCAAGGUUUGCUGACGAUACUAAAUGGUUCAGUGUCGUUAAAACAAAAAGAGCUCCGAAAGGAUCUCUCCAGUGGGUGGCAAAAUGGCAAAUGCAAUUCAAUGUAAACAAGUGUUGGGGCAAGAAAAAUCUUAAGUUUCACAUAUAACCCCAUGGAAUAUGAAGUGGUGGUGACUGACCAGGACCAAGACCUUGAGGUCAUGGUCUAUAGCUCCAUGAAGAUGUUGGCAGGAGCAGCAGCAGUUGUGAAAAAGGCAAAUGCCCUGCCUUUAAUGUCAUUAUUAAAGGCGCUGAAUAUAAUCUCAUCAUGCCGUUAUACGAACCUAUGGUGCGACUGCAUUUGGAAUACUAGAACGUCCAGUUCUGGUUGCCUCGCCUCAAAAAGGAUAUUGCAGAGUUUGAGAAGGUUCAGAGAAGGACAACCGAAGGGGAUGGAGGAAAAGUUGCAGCAUUGAAGACUUUUUAGUUUGGAGGAGAGGUGCCCUGAUAGAGCAGCGGUUCUCAACCUGUGGGUCCCCAGAUGUUGUUGGACUACAACUCCCAUCAUCCCUGAGCUCUGGCCUUGCUAGCUAGGGGUGAUGGGAGUUGUAGUUCAACAACAUCCGGGGACUUACAGGUGGAGAAAGGCUAUGAUAGAGGAUUAUGGCAUGGCCCAGAGGAGGUGGGUAGAGAAGCCCCCCCCCCCCCCUUGCGACACUAGAACUCUUGGUCCUCCAAUGAAGCUGAAUGUUGGAAGAUUCAGGACAGAUGGAAGAAUGGCACUUCACACAUUAUGUAGUUAAGCUGUGGCGCUCGCUCCAAUGGCCACCAACUUGGAUGGCUUUAAAAGAGGAUCAGGCAAAGUCACGAAGUAUAAGCCUAGCCGGUGCUACCAGCCAUGGUGGCAAGGCUUGUGUACACUUGGAGGCCUCUGAAUCUCAGUUGCUGGAUUCCACCGGAGAGGGAAAGUGCUCUUGUGCUGGGGUCUCGCUUGAGGGUUUCCCAUGGCCAUCCUAUUGGCCACUGUGAGAACAGGAUGCUGGACUAGACGGGCCAUACUGGCCUGAUCCUGCAGGCUCAUCUUACGUGCUGAAAAGGAGAGUUCGGCACGAACCAGCAGGUUUAAUAGCCUGGCCCCGUUUUAACAGGUCACGAGGAGCGUUUCUGGGUAAGGAGGGUUGAGUGGGGGUGCGGUCCUUUUUUUUUGUCAUCCAAUAAAAGCAUUUUGUUAGCCUGCCUCUCUCACCCUGCCAUUUAGGUCAAGUAUUUCGCCACACAAUGAGACAAAUUGCUGGCAGAAGCCCAUGUUGCAGGCGGAGGGUGGGGUGGGGGCUGGGGGUAGGAGAAGACAAAAAAGCUUGCAACUAGGUUAAGAGCCUCUUCGAAUAAAGACAACGUGAUGUUUACAGCCGAGUCAUAAACCCCCCGAUGGUUUGGAGUGACUCGUAAGACAGGGUCCUGCUGGUAGCUGUGCAAUUUGCUAAGUUUAUGUACCGGCAAAGUAAAGAAACAAAUUGCCUGGCGUAUUUAGCGCUGGCAAGCCUGGAGGGUUGGAACAGGGGCAGAGAGAGCCAGCUGCCUCCCAUCUCCUCGCUUCUCUGUGGCGGCAACCACAGAGGGUUUAGAAAAGUGAAAGCAGGCAGGCAAAAAGAGGGGGGGGGGAGUCACGUUGGUAUUCCCAUCUGUGCUACGGGUUCCACUUAGGAGCUGGGUUAAAGCAGGCUCGAAGGCCAAUCCCGCUUCUUGCAAGAGAACUCGUUCCCAUAUAUGUGAGUUUGUCGGGCGGUUGCUUUAACCAGUUGCGUGUGGCUGUGUGCUUUUGCACUUGUUGCUACAGGAGGUGUUCAGCUUGCUAGUUUUGCCUCGCCCCCCUUCUAGGGUAGCUCCUGUGCCUUUUUUUAAACACCUGUAUGGUAAGUAAAAAUUGUGGCGCUGCUGCCGCCGCCACCACCACUGGUUCCUCCCUUUUCCCAUCUUGGCUCCAGAUUUGGGGAGCAGAUUUGGCCCCUUGCUCUCACCUUCGCUACGACUAAGGGAGACUGCUACGGCAAGCAGGGCUUUGUGUGGCAGUGCAGACACCACCCUGUGGCCACAGCUGUCUGCAAUGCAGGUGGGUGGCACUGCAAUCCAUUGGUCUGGUUUAUACAUCAGUGUGAAUACCCAUGUGAAACGACCAUGUUUUCUCUCGACAUUUGCUGGGUUUUUCUCGUCGAAGCCUUUGGCCAUGUCCUAUCAUUACUAGCCACCUGGAUGAGGACUAAAAGACUCCUCUAAGUAUAUUUAACGGCAUUUGCUCACAUUCCUCUCCUCUCCCCCUUUCUAUCUAAUACUGUCAAAAUUUAGAUUGCUGCUUCAUGGGGCAGGGACCUGCCUCCUUUUUUUUCUCCUUAAAUCAGCGCCGUAAGGGUUCCAUGUACAAUGAUAGUGCUGUAUAAAUGAUUAAAAAUGUAUGCAAGCUUCCAAGUGUAUCGUGUUUUUAAUUAAACGUUAAAUUUGCAUAUACCUGACAUCCUACAUCGCAUUUCAGUGACUUGCAUUAUAGUAAUAUACUAGUCUGGGUAAAUCUUACUUUGCAUCAUCAGAUUGCAGAUGUUAUUCAGCUCAGUUUUACUCAUGGUAGACCCACUGAAAUUAAUGAGCAUGACUAGGUUAAGUCCGUUAAUGUCAGUAGGUCUACUCUGACUAAAGUUUGUUUGAAUACCACUCAAUAUCAGUAUUUAUAAGUACUGUGUAUCAACAAACAUGAAAAAAAGGAAAUUCUGCCUUAGUAGCAAUAUAAAAGUGCUGAGUUGAGGCAUAGCUUCCAGCAAGCUCCAACACCAACUUGGGAUCCUAAGCAUACAGUGGUACCUCAGGUUAAGAACUUAAUUCGUUCUGGAGGACCGUUCUUAACCUGAAACUGUUCUUAACCUGAGGUACCACUUUAGCUAAUGGGGCCUCCCGCUGCUGCCGCCACACCAUUUCUGUUCUCAUCCUGAAGCAAAGUUCUUAACCCGAGGUACUAUUUCUGGGUUAGCAGAGUCUGUAACCUGAAGCGUCUGUAACGCGAGGUACCACUGUACAAAUCUGCCACAAGGUUCCAUGUUUUGAGCACGAAGCUGGCUGUGAGAAGAGAAACCCUUGAUGUAAGCAAAGCCAAAAAAGUAACACAAGUCUGGUUCAUAGCAGGAAUGAGAACCAAUAGUCUCUUAACCACAGAUGCCCAGGGAGAAGGAUUGUUCCUCUGUCAUGUGGGAGGUCAAAAUUCUACUGAAUACAUUUAUAUUUAUUUUCCUUUCUGCCACAGCACAUCCUUUGCAUGCAGAAGGUUCCGGUUCCAGUCUCUGGCAUCUGAAAAAAGAGCAGGGAACAUUGGAUGGUGAAGAGCUCAGCCUGAGACCCUCAAGGACCACUGCCAGUCAGGGCAGACUGUGACUUGACUUGGAUACUUUAGUUGAGAUUCCUGCAUUGCAGGGGGUUGGACUAGAUGACCUUGGGUCCCCUUCCAGCUCCUUUAUCGUUUUGUGAAAUAACAUUAGAGGGAUACAGCAUUGGGGUCCUACUUGGGACUCCCCAGUGGCAUUGGGUUUGCUGCUGCUGGAUACAGGAUGGUGGAGAAGAUGAGUUUUAGUCUGAUUUGGCGGGACCUGGGGAACCUGGUGUCAUCCUACACUUGAGUAGGACCCUUGCAGAGACACAUACCCAAUUGGCAUGUUCUCUCCCUCCUGGUCGAUCGGGAGCUUCAAAAGCUUUCUUCAGCCCGAACACCACAGCGACCGAUGCCAGCACACUUCGGGAUCCGCAGAGUCUUCGCAGCUUGUGUAACAGACCUCAGCAUUUUGGCUAAUCUACUUUAUUUACAUAGAAACACACACGGAGCACUGCAACAUGGCUCCCUCUCUCUCUAGCAUCGGACAGCAAAGAGGGAAAAAACAAAGGACGAUAGUCCCACUUCACGGAACACAGUAACACAAACAUCCUGUCUCCAUCGCUUCCCGCUCUGUGGAGUCAUAACAUACACCAUCAUACAACUCCCAUGACAGCAAUCACGGAGCAGGAAUUCUAACACGUGGAUGGUGGGCCCCAGCCCCCUUCAGACCCACCCAGCAGUCUGGGAUGAAGGCAGUUGUAGUCCAGAAACAUUUCGUAGGCCUCUGGUGUUCCCAUCCACCCCACCCCAGACUUUGGCAAUAGCGGACUAGGCAGACAAAUACUUUGUAAGACAAUUUUCUGGGUUCAUAUGACCAGGCGGUGAAGACUGCUGUCUAUCACCUCCCCACCCCCCAAUAUGAAUUUAAGUUGUUGAUGGAAGACCCAACAUGCCUGAUAACAGUGAGCAAGGGUAUUUUUCACAGCGGCCAGCCCAGCGCUCUCAAAAUAACCUAAUCGUCCAGCGUGUACAAUGCCUUUUUGGCCACCAGGUGCCGCUGUCUGUCCCCUGCUUUGCCACAGACACGGGGAGCAGCUGUGCCAGUUUCCUGUUCUCCACAUCCUGGCGGAGGAGGGAGGCUGGACUGUUGCAUUAUGGGGCCUGAUAUAGAAACAGGGUUGUGGCGGCUGCUGCUCCUUUUUUUUCUUUUUAAAGUGGGGGAUGGGACUUCCAAAAUCUCAGCCUACCGGAAGGCAGCCUCAUGUCCCAUUGCGCCGAUGUUAAGUGUUACUACAUCCUGCAAACGCAGACAGGGAAUACCGAGAUGGGAAGGGAGUUUUGGAGGGCCUAAGAACUAAAAAUACAAGACUCUGGAUUUGUGGAUCUUGAGUUUAGAGGUAACGUAGCCAGGACUUGCCGCUGAGUGACAAAGCAGAUAUUUAGUAGGUAAAGUUACACACACACACACACACACACAAAAAACAUGCAGAUAAGAGUCAUGGGGAAAGUCAUCUGCUGGUUUUCUGUGAGUCACGUAGCUCUGAAAAACAGCAGCCCUGCUAGAAAACAAAAAGGUGGAUUGCUCUAUCGUGUGUGUGCAAUAUGGAACACCAUAUAUGUGCAUCUACACACCCUACUGGCAAACUGGAGUUCUCCACAUUGCAACAUAUCCCUGCAGUUCCCACUUUUUUCUCCCUGUCCUUGACUGUUACAGGAUCUCCUUUCCUUAGUGGCAGCAACUGCAGAGAGAAGGUUGAGGCCCUCUCUCAGUGCCCACCCAACCCAGAGCUGCCAGAUAGCUACACCACCCCUGUCCCAGCACAAUCUACAACAAAAGGGAAUCGGCCUCGGCUAGAGCCACACGGCAUUGCCAAACAGAUCUUCUCUCCUCCCCUGCCGCCUUCCCCAUACGUGCCUUUUAAUUUGCGAGCCUCUACCAUUUCUGUUUGGCACCCCUCGCUGGCGUUGUGUACUGAGUUUUAAUUGCUCUGACCCUUUUUGGGGAAGCAAUCCCGGUCUGAAAAGAGGGAUGAAAAUAUAACUAUGCAGCCAGGGGCAUGCUCAUUAAUUUUGCCAGGCUUAGGUGCACGCAGCUCGGCUGUGCAGCUGCCUGCUCUGCAGCAGACACAGGUCUGUGUUUAGCUGGCUCCCAAGGUGGGGGAAGGUGGGAGGGGUGGCAGACAUCUACGGAGAGACGGUGGCUGAGAAAAGACUUCCUGGAACUGCAUUCUGCAAAUGUAUCUAAAAGACACUUCAGAUGGCCAGAGGGCCACACUUGGCUUCUCUUCAAAUGCAAGCAGGCUAGCAGCCCAUCUGGAUCAAGAAUAGAUAUCAGAGUAUGACCCACAUAAGGUACAGAGAGUCUAGGGUACCAGACCAGGACUCCUCACCGACAGAGAUGGGUGCUGCUUAUAUUAACACACCUGUGGCCUUGCAGAUGUUGUAGGCAGUAUUCUCAUCAGCCUCACCCAGCACAGUCAUAGACCAGGUGAGCUGUUGUCCCACAGCACCUGAAAAGUCCACAGAUUCUCCAUCUCUGCCCAUGUGGAGUCCUGGUCUUGUACCCCAGCCUCUAAACCUUGUACCUCUAUAUCACUCUAACUGAUGUUCUUUUUAGUGGCUGGCAAGUCCUCUAGAGCUGCCAUAGCUAUCUUGACUUUCCAGAGGCGUAGCCCUUUUAGCCUAUUGCGGCGAAAACAAUGGAGACUUGUGUGGCACCUUAAUGAUUAACACAUUGACUGCAGCAUAUGCUUUAAUGCACUGCAAAAUUUGAUACUGGGCUUUCUCUGAAUUCUGCGAUAACAUAUUGUCAACAGGCAAAAGGGCCUAUUCGUGAUGGAGCACUUGCAAUGAGCACCUUAAAGGAAGCUCCUCCGACCAUCACUUUUUACUCCAUUGUUGGUACAGAACUGGUCUCGAUCUCUCCCCACACGCGUUCCCUCCUUUCUUUAAAAAGUGCUGCUCCUCAUUUUUAACACGAAGCUUUGUGAGAAAGGGCGUUAGAAAAGGAUGUACGCCCAAAUUCAGGCUGCGCAAGGAAAGCGGCAGAUGAAAUUACUGUGUACACAGCACCGCCAAUGUUUAUAGAGAAGAAAACCGGCCCUUCCCUCAGAGGAUUUCCUACUCUCAGGGAAGGCAACCUGUGCAAAGGGGGGGGGGAUUUUUUGGGGUGUGUGUGGACAGGGUAAGCUACAAAUUAUUAGGGCCGCCGGAUCUUGUGCACGCUUACUUGGGAACAAAUCCCGGCUAAUUCGGCAGGGCCCCGAGUAAAUACGUGCAUUAUAGGCUUGGGAUACAAGAUCACGAGGGGGAGGGAGCGUGAGGCGAUGCAGAGCAGGCAUAGACAGUCGAUCCUGGCAGCAGGCGGACGGUGGAAAGACGAGAGGGCCGCCGCCGCCGCCACAAUAGGGCUUAUUGGCAAAGCCCGCAUUACAUCCUGCAGCAGUGCGAGCCCUAACCUGCCCUAAGUAACGAGAGCGCUUCCAGCCUAGCACACACCCCCUUUCCUGGCGCGAAUCUCCCCUGCAGUCACCCCCGCCCGCCUGCAGCCCAGCCACCCAGGAGGAGGGUGCAUGCGCCGUGUUGCAGCCAGCUCUUCCUCCCAGACCGGUUCUUCGGCGCGCAUGCACAGAAGCGCCCUCCGGAGCCAGCGCUGAGCCCGGCCCCUCCCCCCCCCCCCGCUCCCAUGCCACGUGUCCCCAAGCAGCACUUAACCCCACGUGGGACUGGCUAAAGACGAGCCAAUCGGAAGAUUGCCUCGCCCUUGAGCACGUAGAGCAGCAGACCCACGUGCGCAGAGGCGCGGGCAGCAGCCGAACUGCCCUGAACAGCUUCUCUCCCUCUCGUUCUAUCCUCCCCAUCCAUCCACCCACCGCACCCGCACUGCUCUGAGCUGAGCAAAGCUGCCGCGCUUGCUUUUAUAGCCUUUGCCGAGGCUGACGCGAAGCAGAGUGGCGUUUCCAACAACCAAUAGCGCAGCGCCUCUGCGAAGUUGGCGGCGGCUGGGGCCGCUGGGGCUUACAGGGGAACGGGAUGGGGGCGACCGCCGGCCCUAAGAGAAGGGGCCCAAUAGGAGUCGGGAGAGGCGGGGGCGGGAGGAAGAGCGGAGGGGGUGGAGAUCGCGCGGAAAAGCCGGCCAAUGAGUGGGGCCGGUGGGCGUGGCUGGGGCGCCCCUGGCGCCAGCGCUGGGAAUCCCCGUGCGCUCAGUGCCGUUUCCGCCCGGCCUGCUGAGGAGGAGCUGUUGGCUGUUCGCUGGUGCCGCGGAGGGGGAGGGGCCGCGGCCGCUGCUCUGUGGAGCUUGAGCUCUCGGUCCCGCCUGCCGCCUAGGAAACACCGUGGCGCCCAGCAGGGCCUAGUGCCGGGGGCCCGGGCAACGGGCCGGACAGGUCAGCCAAGGCAAAUGAAGAGCAGGAAAAAGGGGGCGUGUGGGGUGAAGAGGGGACACCCGUUCAAAAGGCGGGAGGCGGGUGGGAAAGAGACCCAUGGAGGGGGAGGGGCGGGAAACUUAUGGUGGUGGUGGCGGUGGUGGUGAGGGGUUGCUUCUCGGUGCUCCUUCCUCUGCUCCAGCCCCUUCUCUCACCGCCUCCUUUCAAGCUCCCGCAUCUUUCCAGCUGCCCCGGAACUCUCUCCAUGCAUUCUCUGCCCUGCUGUGGGGGGUUUAGGGGUGUGGGGGGCGGGGAGGGCCGAGAGAGGGAGAAGUACCUCAGCCUGGCUCUUCCAGGAGAAGUGGAGCCUCUCCCGCAUGUCGGAGGGGAAAGAAAGAGGUCACACUCCCUGGCCUGCGCUGGGCACCCCGGGUUCCCUGCACCUUUGGAGGCACCUGGAUGUGAAGAGAGGGGUGCGUGUGAAUGUGUAUACAUAUACGUGUGUGCAUAUAUAUCUAUAUAUCUAUAUAUCUACAUACAUUCACACGCACUCCUCUCUUUACAUCCAGAUACCUCCAAAGGUGCAUAGGUGUGUGUAUAUAUAUUUCUAUAUACCUCCCUUUUUUGUGUGUCUGUGAGUGUGUUUUUUGUGUGUCUGUGAGUGUGUGUUUUUGUGUGUGUGAGAUUGGGGGUGCGUCCAUGAGUGGGAAUCCCCGCCGAGGUCUUCCCGCAGGGAGGGAAGGUGGUGGGACUGUUUUCCAUUUCGCUCCCACCCAUCCCCCACCUUCCUCGCCGUGGGGGGUGCGGGUGAGCUUGCCUGGUGCCAGGCGCUGGAGGAGAGCGGGGGCGUCAUGGCGAACCUGCGUGUCUGGUCCUGGAGGAGGUGGGAGGGAGAGUGGCCUGUGUGUGUGUGUGUGUGUGUGUGUUGUGAGAGGGAGAGAAUGGGUGGUGGGGGAGGGGUGGUGGUUUGAAGGAACCUCUGAAUUCAUUCCUGUUUCGGGUUCCCAGGCAGGAUUCUCUCGGUGCAGUGUGUAUGUGUGCGCGUGUGGAGCAGGGUCGUGCUGGAGGUGGGGAAGUAGCCGGUCCAAUCUUCUGUGGAAAGCCUACUGUGAGAAUGUGGGAAAAUCCCUUUCUGGGACGAUGGCUUCCACUUCAAAGCAGCUGUUUGCCAGGAAAGGGUGUGUGUAUGUGUGUGUGCGUGCGACCGCCCGUCUGUGCUCCUCUGUGAGUUCACCAUUGCCUCCCCUCUGCUUCCACCCCUCCUCCUCCAUGUGCUGAAGCAGCUUCCCCUGAGCUGCUGCUGCUGCUGCUCCUUCCCUUCCCGCCCCCUCCCUUUCCUCGGCUGUCUGCUUCUGACUUGCUGGCUCCUUCAGGCAACGGGGGAGGAGGUGUUUGACCUGCAUUUUCUGCUUUCUCAUGGUGCUUGUGUGGCGAUGGUGGUGCACUUUAAUAAUCCUCUUCUCCUUUUCCCUUGCCUGCUGCUGGAGGCUGCAGUAUGGACCCCCUCCCCCAACUUUUUCAUUGUCUGACGUGUGUGCUCUAUCAGGGUACUUUUUUCGGUUUUCUUGCAUUGAUCUCUGCGUCUUAAUUGGUAACACAGCCUCUUGUAAACACAAUAAUAGUGCUGUGGGCAAGGUCGUCACCGUCUCCCCCCACUCUUGUCUUUAGCAGCUUGUCCUUGGGGUGCCAGUGGCCUGCUACUUGAAAAAGAGCUGCCUCGAACUGAGACAAAAAUCCUUUUUACAGUUUUGGGGAAUGGUUUGUUUAGUAAUCUGGGAAGUGGUUGGUGAGGUUAGAGAAUGUCAGGAGCUUCUUCCUUGUGAACUACCUAGCUGAGAGAGGGUUUGGUCUCUGCAGUUAACCAGUGGGGUCUCCUGUACUUCAGGCAGCAGCCCCUAUGUUCAGGGAGAUUUUUGCAGAAUGGAACAAAACAUGCUACUGGGAUUCCUUUUGCUGAGGUUGGUGUUACUUUAAGGAGAUAAUGGCCCUUGCAGUGUGGCCUCCUGCAGUUUCUCUCCCUGGCCCAUUAUGUAAUUGGAGUAUUUAAGGCUCACUCAGGCAGAGGCUGUGGGCAGCACAAUGAAUUGGUUUUGUAUUGUAGGGGGAUGGGGCCAUGGCCUCAAAACCCAUGAUUUUUGGCAGUGAAGACAUAGGCCUGAUUGCAAAAAUGUUUUCCAAAUGAGCUGUCGACACUUGAGGAUAUGGGUUACAGACUAGACAAAGACGGACUACUUCCUUAAUGGCGUUCAGGACUCUCCCUUUUCACCUAUGAAGGUGACAUCAGGCAGUCUGCCCCCUCCCCCCCUCCAGCUGGCCCAGGAAGUCGGUUUUGCUAGCUAUGUCUUGCAGCGCAGAGGUGACCGAGGUUGUUGCUUUGCUUUGGAUCCUGUGGGUGAACGUUCAGAGCGUUGACAAGCAGCUAAUGUUGGCUCUGGAGCUCUGGUUGCUACGUGAGAAGCUUCAGUAGUGUUGGCUGCUGUCUCCAGGGAAGGACAGAAGCACAACCUCCAUUAGUGCUGCACUUAGGAGAUGGCUGGUUCAUGCACUGAGAGGGGACUCUUCUUUCUGGGGCAUGCAAGCUUUCAACUAGGAUGAUGCAAAUUGAGUUUUCACCCAUCGCUGUCACAGUCUUUGGGACUGCUUUUAGGAUUUGGCCUGAAUAUCCAGGGAUGUCUGUCUCCUUUAUAGCCUUUGCAAUUGCAAGAAUUGAUCUGAUCUUUCUGAAGUGGGAGAUGCAGCACUGUGAUUACAGUUUGUCUGACUUUAGCUUCCCUUCCAGUAAAUCAGAGAGCCAGAUGCUUUGCUUAUUGUUUGUAGGUCUCUUUCCUCCCCUUACAUUGCCUGGGCCCCAUUUGCCUUAUUGACAGGAAUUUCUGCUUUCUGCAAUGGGUGUGUACAGCAGGCACUAGCCUCCUAGCGCUGAGAGGAUUUUCCAUUCACAGAGUGCAGUCAAAAUAUGACACAUUUUGCAAGUGGCAGCAGAGCCCGUUUGAAAGAAUGGCCCCUUCCAGCUAGGUACCUGGGCAAAGCACACAUGGAACUGCUUGAGGCAGGUUUACAACAAGUACACUGUUCCCCGUAUAAUACAACAGUGGUCUAUUUCUGGUGCUUAUAAAUAUCUGCUCCUGCUUAAGUAUUGUGGUGCUUUAACAUACUUGCUUCUUGAAGUCUUACAGUCACCAUAGUCUAAUCCCAUGGUUAAACACUGUGAUGCAGGCUUUCUUAAGGAGACACUGGCAGUUGUAAGGGGAAGACAGAGCUCCUCCUUGACAUUGUCUUGUGUGCUGGAUCUGUCAGGGAGCAGAGUGUUGAGGUGCCCUCCUCUGGUUGGUAAGACAUGGGCAGUUGCCUAAUAUCCAUAACUGACAAUAUGGAGGAGGAGGGGAGCUUUCCUUGCAAGUGCUAUUAUAUGUUUACACAUCAUGUGUGCCCCUCAACCAUGAUUUGAUCCAUUUGUCUAGGACUUAAGUGAUUAUGCUUGCUAAAUCUCUGAUUUGGUUGGUUUUGGUGGAGGCUGUUAAGAUUGUGGUUUUGAGAACCCCUGGAAUAGAUGUUGAACACCCUUGAAAACGUUCUUUAAACACCAGAAGAAUCUGGCAUGAUUUGCCUACAUUAAAGGGUGGCAUUUGUGAUGGUUUAUACUGAAAACGAUGACACUUUAAAAUUGCAUCCUGGUUUCAUAAUAUGACAUUAAUGCAAAAACAAGCUGCAGGGUCUUCAUAUUAAAAAGUGGUUUUUCAAACCUGCAGAGCUGCUUUAACACAUAAGUCUAGGCUGCAACUCAUUUUGGCAGAUUUCUGUUAUGAAGAAAGAUAUUUGUAUUGCUGUGCUAGGCAGUGUUAUCCUACUGUGACUGAGUACAAAUGAUUCUCAUAUUGAAAAUGAUCCUGAACAGUAUGGUAUAUUUGAAAUAUUUCUCAUUUCAAAUAUACCAUACUGUUCAGGAUCAUUUUCAAAUAUGAGAAUUUGUAAAACUGAAAAAAUAACUCAUAUUCCUGAGACCCAAAAUGUUAGGAGCCCUAAUAACCAUACAUGCUGGUGUUCUCCCCUCACACAGUUGGAGGAAUCCUGAUAAAAUUCUUGAUGUUUCUGCGUCUUGAGUGUCAAGGGUAUUAGCUGGUUCUAGGAAAAUGAACGUUUUUGCUAGAAAAUGCUUGACUCAGAUGUUACAAUUUUUAAAAAACAACAACUUUACAGUGCUUUUCUAUUAAUUUUAGCUAUGAUACUGAAGACCACUGUAAACCUUGAAGUGGCUUUUAGAGUGAUUCUGUUGAGCUCAUUUGGAAAUAAUACUUUAGAGUAAGCAGUUUGAUGAUAGCUUCCUAACUGGUUGUAAAAACAGAAGUAAAGCAAUACAAAGAACAGCAGAUAAAGGCAAAAAUGUGUGCCACCUGUUCCCUGCUCCUAAGCAACUGCAGUAGACCCUUGAGCUUGUCAGUGAGCAGUGCCCAAAGAUCUUUAGUAUUCACUUGAAUUUCAUUUCUGAAUACCACUGAAAUGGAGCUAAUGGCUGCAUGUUCCAUUCAGGACACAAACAGAAUUGUAGUGAUAUCCUUCAUUGGCCUUCAACAUGGCCUGGAGCUCCUCUUCUGUAUUCCACAGAAAAUAUUAAACUGUUUUCAAGGCUGGGAUACCCUGUUAUCAGUCAACUCUGUGCUUCCUUCCCUCUAAAUUAGAAGCUUAAGUAUAUUAAGGAACAUGCCAGGGAGCAUGUGGCUUCUGAGUAUCCGCUGGGCCUUUCAACCUACUUGUGUUUGAUGCCCCUUUCGUAGGGCCAUUUCUUUUCUCAUUCAGAACAUUAUUUGGUCACAUCAGAAUUGUUGUUAGAAACUCAGAUUUAUAAGCUAGGGGGCAAAUGGCUCAUUAAACCAAUGUUGCAGUCGCCAAAACGGAAUGUCUAGUUGCUAUUUUGGGAUAAGAUGGCUCUAAAGUCUUGUUUUUCAAAUGAUGGACUGACCGUGAUUGAUUAUUAGUUAAAUAUCUGGCUUGUACAGAUUACAACCUUAAGCUAGGUUAAGAACUUUGAGAACUUUAUCCAGGAACAGUUUCUACUUCUUUUUCUUAAUGGUGACAUGGGCCAUUCAUGAUGUAAGAAUACUGUAGUCUUCACAACUGUGAGCAGGGACGGGGGGGGCGGGUAGGUGAAAAAAAGCAUUUUGGUUCCUGAAAUUCAUUAUGAUUGUGCAGUUAAAAUAUAACUGAUAGAAUUCUACAGGAUGUGGUAUUAGUAUGUGAAAACGGUCAAGAUCCAUGGAAUUGCACUUUUGUCCCCAAUUUCACACCUUUUAUCAAAUGGAAUUUCAGUUUGUAAGUCACGCUGGUGUGGUUGCCUACAUUAAGAUGCUUGGUGCCCUUUGUACAGUUAGGUACAACACAUUUUGGUCCCUUAAGCCCGACUGCAGUAACACUACAACAAUGCAGUUUUGUGGGGAUGUUGACUUGUAGAAAACAUAAGGGCAAUAGAAACCGGUAUUGAACAAAUGGCUUUAAUUGGAAUGGUGUUAGCAAAGAGCUUAUCCUGUAAGGUGGAGGAACUGAAUGAAAUUGAUACAGGUUGGCUACUCAGGUUGAAUAAUGGCUAACAGAUAAGGAACUGGCUUUCAAAGUAUUGACAAUUGAAAAUAAAUACAUAGGGUUUGAGAAAUUGAAGAGUUAGUCAUUGCCCUGGCAAAUUUUACUCAUAUUAGGGGCAAUUCUGGCGCAGUUUUCUCUGAUGGACAGUGGGACUACACUAGUGCAGAAGAGGUACUUGAAUGGAUUCCUUGAGCAGAAGUUCUGGAAUUCAUUUAUUUUGGGGGCAUCCCUGCUGAAGACAAAAACAGUUACUUAUAGUCUCACUUCCUGUACAUCUAAUUUGUGUGACUUUUAAAAAUAGAAAGUUAGGCAAUGUAAGUUUUUACAGUCUUGCUAUGUUCCUCACUCUUCUUUGUGAGUCUGGGUUAUCAGGGUUCUUGCUGCACUGAUGUCCUAUCCCAGAUAAAUGAUAAGGGGUAGCCCAAAUGUUGUGCUUGAAUCUUUUAAAAUUAAGAACCCAGUCUUGAAUACUAUAAUUAGCAAAUAUCAGGCUUUUCAGUUAUUCUAACAGCUGGUUUAACAAAUCUCUUUCAGAGAACAAAAUGGGACUUACGUGGUGGUAGUGCAUUUUCAAAGAAGAAUAUUUUUCAUCUAUCUAUCUAUCCAUCUACGUCUCCUUCUACUUUACUGCUUGUUCGUUAGAAUCAUAGUAGAGUAGGGAUUUCUCUGUUUCUGAGGUAUUUCAGUAUCCCAAAGGAAUGGCAGUCUCUGGCAGUUUCUUCUAGCAUAUGGAUUGCAAACGGUUAGUGAGUGCUUACAAGCCAUCAUAGCGGAGGAAAAUUUGGAAAAAAACUUUAAUGACAUUUCACUAGGCCUGAUCCUUUUUAUCUGGAAGAACUGAGAAAAGUGUACUUCUGUACAUACAGAUGGAUUGAAAACCACAGCUUUCUUUUUUUACCUUCUGGCUAAACAAAACCAGGGGUGGAAGUUUGAAACUUUCCUAACUAUGGAGGAUUCCUUCCCUUUUCCACACUGACAGUAUUCAACAGUUACUUUUGUCCUACUGGACUCUGCUUAGGGGAUAGGACUUGAGUACGUUGCUAGGAAUCUUAGUCAGUGCUUUUAUAGCAUGCUCAAUCAGUUUAUAAUGCUCAGAUUAACUUGUUUACCACUAAAAGAGUUUCUUUUGGCAUGUAUUAUAUAGUGGAGGCUUUUGUGCAUUCAUACUAUAGCCCCAGAUAUGAAAUUUGCUGAAGAGAAUGGAAAGCCAUGUGAAAGCUGCUCAAGCAUUUCUUAUUCUGAAAUGUUUUAAAAAUCUUAAUGCCUUUCUCACUCUGGAUUGAAAGAGUGAAACGGAGCACUGACAAGUUGCUAGUUGAAUACAACUUUAGGAAAUUAUGCAAGUGUGACUAAAAGCAACACCUCAUGUUUAAAGCUGUAGUUGCUGUUGUUGUUUGAUGCGGACAAGUUUACUCUUGUUCGUCCUUCAGGGCCCAUGGACCUCAAGGUGUGUCAGUUAGAUUCUGUUGCAUCCUAUGCCAUGACAAAAUUGUCAGCUAAACCUGGGCUAGAAAAUGGAUGUUUCGAGCCAUAUAACACAGAAAGUGUGGCAUGAAGAGUGCUCCUAGCCAUGUAGACCACUCCUGAGAUGCAGGUCACAAGAACGUUUCUGAAAUUUCAUAGCAUGAGUUCCUCAUUACUGGGAAACAAAAUUCAUUUCUAGGUUACCUAAUCUGAUAACAUUCGAAAAGUCAUAUGUUCUCUAGAUUUGUGUCCUAUGCUGUAGACCUAUGGCAGGCUAUAAGAUUGUCCGGAAAGUAGGUCGUUUUUAGAGGGGCGGGAGGAGGAAACUACACCUUUAACCUCCAUUGUCAGUUUUAUUCUUAUUUAUACUUCCUGCGAACUAUAGUCCAGGACUAAUUUACUAAUACUAUUAGUAUUGUUGCUGAUUAGUACUAGUAAUACUAAUGCUAUAGACCAGUGUAUAACUUCCUUUACUAUGUAUAAAUCAAGUGGGAUGUGUUGUGGAGAGGGGGCAGAGUCAAGAGAAUAUAUGUACCAGCACCAGGUAUUAAAUUUUUUUUUUUUGAGACAGAAGUGGAUGCGUGGUAUCACAUUUCAGUUAGUUUCAAUUUGUUCCUUGUCACAAAUUGUCACAUCUGUGUUACUUCUGCUCUUCCCCUAGAUGCCUGAUGUACUUGAAUGAUCCCUAUCAUCAUUGCUUUCUUUUAAAUAGCCCUUCAACCCUAUGGCAUAGUUCAUGAAUCUCGUGUUGUUUGGGAUAUAAAAUAGAGAGGUUGUGGCUUACCGAAGGUUACUGGGGUCUAAGUUCUUUGUUGCAUCAGUUGAACUGCAAUGUAUAUUGCUGUAGGCACUUGCUUUUAAUAAAUGCUGUAGAACAGGCCUAGGCAAACUCGGCCCUCCAGAUGUUUUGGGACUACAAUUCCCAUCAUCCCUGACCACUGGUCCUGUUAGCUAGGGAUGACUGGAGUUGUAGUCCCAAAACAUCUGGAGGGCCGAGCUUGCCUAGGCCUGCUGUAGAAUAAAUGCUGCUCCCCCUGAUUGCUUGUGGGCUAAAUUACGUAGUUAGUUUUGAAACAUUUUCAUGGAGUGAAGUGGAGAGUUGUGAGAACCCUCCAGUAGUUUGAAUGUAUCUUCCAUUUUUUAAAAUAUAUUUUUUUGGACUCCUAGGGUGCCCUGACCUGUCUGUCGUUGUGUGUUACAGCCUAGGUCAGGCUUGCAUCAGGAGAUAAACUUGAGUUGUGUUCCCAAGUCUGCUUGAAUGCAUGUUGAAAGUCUGUAAACUGUGUCGUCAUGGGAGUUGCCAUAUACCUUCCUGAUAUUUUCACAUCAAAUGUGUUUCAGCGGCAAUUAUGAUUGUUAAGAGGACAGUUGGAGAUGGGGCAGCAGUGAUGGGCCUCAUUUCUUGAUACUGUACUUAGUACCUUGCAGCACAAUUCUAGCUGUAUCUACUCAGAAGUAAAUCCUAUUGAGUUCAAGGAGCUUAUUCCCACCCAGGUAAGUUGGGUUGGAAUUGAAACCUAAAAUUCACAAUAUUACUUGUACUAGUUUUAAGUGAUGCCAACCUUAACUGGACACUUACUUUGGUGUUAAGAGUAGCUUAUUUCGGAUUAGCUUCAAUCUGUUCUUAAUUGACUUAACCUAUGACUGAAAUAGGUUUGAUAAAAUAGAAAUAAUCUUUUGUGCACAGAUUUGUACUAGUUGAACUACAUCAGUUGAUAGUCAGUAGUUUUAAAAACUAGAAUUCUCUUGUAUGCUGAAAACUUCUGUUGUUUUUUUUUAGGUAGGUUUUUCUGUUGAUCUUUUAGUAAAUUUGGGUCACUUCCCAGCUGUGUUAGCUUCACCUUUCUGGAAAAGUCUUAUUUCUGUGAAAUGGGGAUAGUAUUUUCCUCCUUUUGCGAUUUUGUGGUAUCAGACCUUACUUUGGGUGGGCUCAGUGUCUCAUGCUGUGUGUGUCCAAUACUACUAAAGUUAAAGUAAAAUACUGUUUGGAAUUUGUUUACCACAAAACUGCCCCUUACUCUAAUUAAAUAUGGACUAUAAUAGUAUUUUUGUGGUGUAUUCUUUCAGUGGCUUGCUAACAAAUUCUGAAGACAAGUCACUCUUCAGUGACUUGCUAUUGGUGAUCUGACUGUACAUCUCUAUAUGUGGGGAGAAAUCUGUGAAACUGGAGAGAACUUGAGGCUAGAACAUCUGUCCUAUAUCAAGAAUGGGGAACCUUCCACAUGUUGGACAUGAGCCGGAAUGGCUAAUGGUCAGGAAUUAUGAGACCUGUGGUCCCCAAAACAGCUGGAGGGCCAUAGGCUUCCCACGUAGGCAUUAAAAAGAUAAUGUAAUAUAUCUAUAGCCCGGUAAAUUUUAGCAAAGUCCAGUCAGAGGGGUGGUUGCACUGAAAACUUGUCAGAGGCAGAUCUGCAGUAGCUUGUUUUAAGUAUGCAUUGCUGGCUAGUAUACACUACAAAUCCCAACAUGCUGCACUCCACCUUAACACUUAUAGCAUGCUGGGGCAUGACGGUUUCUCCAGUAAAGUCAGGCGUUUAACAGCUCUGUACCAUAUUCAAUCCAUGCCUAGUCUUCAGUUAUAACCUGUAAUAUCUUAAAAGUGCUUUCCCUCCUUUUAAAUGCUAGUUGAACGGUUAACCAGACUGCAUCUUUCAGAAUAGUAGUUCAUAACAGAAAAGAAGAUAGUCCUCUGGCACCUUUAUUGCAGCAUGAGAAUUUGGACACAGGGGUCUAUUUCACUGGGAACAUUGGCAUUUGAAGGAUAGUUUUAUCUACACACAUUCAGAGGGAGUAAAACCCUAUUUUGCAGUCCUAUUACCUUUAUAUUUAAUUAGUGUCUGUUCUGCUUAACUCCUAAUUUCUUAAAAUUAGUUUUCUUGGUUCACUGACGCAUGUCGGCAGCAAGAAACCAUAAGGACCAGGCCUGAGGACUUCUAUUGCACAUUCAGUACAGACUUGUUAGGGUGAAUCUGAUCUACAUCUAUUGUCCAUUUACUUUCAGGUCCGGGAUUUUGAAGUGUUGCAUUUACUAGCUUGGUUUAUAUCUCUUGGGUUUGUUUCCUUUCACCCCAUAAAUGCUGGAAUCCUGCUCUUGGUCAAAAGUCACUCUUAAAGUUUUCUGAGCAUUCUGAAAGGGCCUCUGCACUGAUACAGUUGUAAGUGAACCAGCCUGCUAAUUGUGUUGAUGUUGCAGACCACUAGAAUGAACUGUUGCGAGUUCCAGACAGGGCAGGUAGUUUGUAGCAGAAAACUACCGGGAUAUCUGUAAGAGCGUCAUAAUUUCCCACGACGUGAUCGUUGAAAACCUGUCUGACUCUCCCAACAUUGUGUAAACCCUUGCUCCAGGAAAAAUCGUGUGAGCUUAGGUGUUAAGAAUCCUUCAGUUUUCUGCAACGGCUAAGCUGAAGUGGGACAUUUGACUUCUGUGUAAGCUAAAGAUGUUGAUUAUUGCAGAUUGGAGAUCCUCUUGCAUAUUGCGACUGGCUGAGGAAACAGUUAAUGAGACUAUGUCUGAGAAUGUAGGGAAGUAGAUUAGUAGUAGAAUCUGCUGGUUUUGGAGGCAUGAGAGGAAAUCCGUAGCCUUUUCUACAAGUAGCAGCUGCGUUGCAGCAGCUGAACUCUGUCUAGCAGUGUUGCAGCUCCCUUUCGCCCCUGGAAGAGAGCACUGAUUCUAGGCAGCAAAAUGUCUCCCUUUAGAAUACAGCAAAGAACUGUGGUAAAAUCUGCUUACCUGAGACUCUAGAAAGUUAGGUUUUCUUCUUAGGUCUUUACUCGCUUGCAUGCUUUAGCCUUAAAGAGAAAGAGGGAAGCAGAUGAGUCAGAGCUUUAAAAACUGACAGAGCAGAUGACUCUUGUUUUAAUGUAGGGAUUUUGCUGUGUUGGGGAUGUGUGUGCUAGGUAUGGAACAUGUCAGUGGAGGCAGUGUGUUUGGGGCCCCAGUUGCAGGAGUUGCAGAAUGGAAGCAGUUCCUGAUGCGAUGGAAGCAGCUUCCUAAUACCAAAUAUAGUUAAGAAUGAAUGUUGGAUAGCCAGGCAGGUCUUCAUUAGAAGCAAGUUCAGAAACCUUUUCUCUGGUUUAGCUUUUCUUCAGUACAUUAGUUUCCAUAUUUAUAUAUAUAUAGCUCCUUGAACCAUAUAUAUGAAUACAUUGACACUAAACUAGUAAAAUUCAGAGAUGCAGUAUGUGAAAACUCCCAGACUUGGGAGUUGCUUUGGAAUGAUUUGCAUAAGGAUGAAGAGUUGUGAAGAAUAAGCCUUUGGUCAAGAUCUUCAGAAAUCAAUAACUGGGGAGUGUAAAUGAAGAAUCUGUCCUUUUUUGGUGGGAGUCUCCAGGAAGGGGCAGCAGCACUGCCCUAGCCCUUCAUUAUGAUAUGGUCACUAUGGUUGAAGAUGAUAAAAGCAGUGGGUCAUUACUAUGAUUAACACAAAGUGCAAUGGUUAGCAUGCAGAACAAGUACUUCAGUCAGUAUUGUUAUAAUUAUAAUUAUUAUUAUUAAUAAUAAUUGUUUAUACCCUGCCCAUCUGGCUGGGUUUCCCCAGCCACGCUGGGCGGCUCCCAAGCGAAUGUUAAAAACACAAUACAGCAUUAAACAUUAAAAACUUCCCUAAACAGGGCUGCCUUCAGAUGUCUUUUAAAAAUAAGAUAGUUGUUUAUUUCCUUGACAUCUGCUGGGAGGGCACUCCACAGGGCAGGCGCCACUACCAAGAAGGCCCUCUGCCUGGUUCUCUGUAACCUCACUUCUCGCAGUGAGGGAAUCACCAGAAGGCCCUCGGUGCUGGGCCUCAGUGUCCGGCAGAAUGAUGGGGGAGGAGACGCUCCUUCAGGUAUACAGAACCUCAGAUAUAUAAGCUAGGCACCAAAUGGCUCCUUAAAACAGGGUUAAGUGACAAAAACAGAAAACCUAGUUGCCAUUUUGGGGCCAGACAACUCGAAAGUUGUAUUUUUCAAUACAACUUUUAGUUCCUGAAAUUCAUUCUGGUUGUGCAGAUAAAAUACAGUGGAUAGAAUUCAUUGUUGACAUCUGAAGGCAGCCCUGUAUCAGGAAAACUUUAAUGUCUGAUGUUUUAAAAAAAUUAUAUAUGCUGUAAGCUGCCCAGAGUGGCUGGGGAAAUCGUGAGAACAGUCAAGAUCCAAGGAUCCCCAGGCAUGUACCUCAGAUGAUGGAGACAUCAGUUGCCAUCCUGGUGCCAGGGCUUCUUCAAUUGGUCGCAAGUGGCUGAUAGCCGGAUGCAAAAUAUGCCUGGCGAUUUUCAAAUGCUGACUGCAGUAUGUCGUGCCCAUGACCUGUGAAGCACUUGCUAUUUUAACGAGGGAGUGUUGUUAAUGUUGCUGUGAUUUUUGGAAAGCCUCUCUAAGAUAGGAUAAUUAUGCUGAAAUCAGCAGCAGCAUAAAAUGUAGAUUCUGGAUGCCUGAAAGCCUUGAUCUUCAAUGUUGAAUAAGGGGUACAUCCCAAAAUUAUGCUUCCUAAAAAAGUUUGAAGAGCGGGAAGUGUCAACAUUAUAUUUCUGCGCUAUAAAUUUAGAGCUUUUAAGUUAAGCUCAGACCAUUGUUGAGGUGAGAGGUUGUAGUAUACCAGUCAAGAACAGUCCCUUUAGCAGUUGUUGUCUGUGCACUUCUCCCGCACUGCAAGUUAAUAGUCAUAGGUGUUCCCUUAUUCCAGAGAAAUAGUAACCUGCCCUAUCUUUGCAGUACUAAAUUCAAAAUGAUUGCCUUGGGUUCCCUUAUUUGUUUGGAUUAAGGCUGUUGCCACUUGUUCAUUACAGUCCUGUGCACGUUGACUCAGAAGCAAGUCCCAGGGUCGUCAGUGGAGCUUAAUCCCUAGUAGAUGUGAAUCCGCUGCACUUCUCUCAGGCCACUGGUGAACAAACAGGUAGCCAUACUCAGAUCACCACAGAAUGGGCAGAAAGGCACUUUUUGUCAUGCCACAAUGUCUGCUAGAACCAGCCUUUUUGGGGGUACCUACAAACUCCCAGCUCACACAUUUUCUUUGCUUUCUACUCUCAUCAUCUAGUGAUAGUUCUGAUAGACCUGCAACUCUGCUCUGUAUUCCUUCUUGUUCACAGGAUUGACUGGUCACACUUGCAUGUGAUCUGUCAUUGCUGGCCAAUCUCUCCAGACAAAUCACCUGCCUCUCUCUUGCUAUCCAGAUCACAUAUCCCCUUUCUUGAAACGUGCCAGUUUAUGCAGUGUCUGCUGUGACCUUAAGAAUGUAGUUCCUGACAUGUAAGAAUAGACCUGGCUUCACUUGGUUGAUAGAUGGAAGCCAAAAGUCCUUUUGUUCAUUGUUCCUUUAGCCUCCCUUGAAUGGUUGUUGCUGUGUCCCCAAAGUCGUCAUAGAAUUCUCAAGCAAGCUGUGUUGCAAUUAAGGAACUUCACAAAUUAAGUAUCACAUGCAACCAGGCCUAUCCCUCUCCCUCUUUUUUUACAUUGUAGUUCGGACAUUGGUCUCUGCUCAGUUGGCAUUCUGCUUUGGUUAGCUUCUCUCUGCUUCCUCAGAAGUCAGCAAAUGCUAAAAAACCGUAAUCAGAUCUCAUGUUCGUGGGCCUUGCUUUUCUCUGUUUUAACCACUGAGUGUUUUUUCCUGUUCUGUAGUGAUAUGUUUUGUGCAGUUCCUGUACUAGUAAGCAGAAUAAAGAGGUAAUUCAGACAUUCUUUUGAAGGCAUAGCUAUUUUUAAAAAUGCUUACAGUUCCAGCCUUGCAAUUGCAAGUAUAUAAUAGCUAAACGCAGAGCCUUUGCUCUUAUCAUAGAAGUCUGAGCCUCGGAACAUUUUUAGAAAUUAGGAGAAAUAACAAAAGUGACGUUGGUGAUCCUAGUGUUAGUGGAAAUUUCCAGGGUCAUGGGAUGUAGAUAAUACUGUUUACUAACUCUUGUAUUUGCCUGUCUUUAGUUGUAUGCAUGUACAGAAAUAUGAUUGACAAGGAGGAAAAUGUAUAAAGUGGGUGUGUGGACUAGAGGGAGUGGUGUAGAAUGUUGCCCUUUAACCUAAGACUGGGCAGAGGUGAUUAUUUUUGUGUAGCAAUAUCUGCUCCCCCCCCCCCCCAAACUGCUACUCCCUUAAUACAGCUUUUGGCCUAGUCACUUUCAUUCCAGGGCGGAAGGGUAUCUUCUUGGGUGAUGGGGCCGCUGAGAGCAGCAGGAAGCUUUGCAUUUUUAAGACACAUUUUUUCUCAUGUGAAUAUCUGGCUGGGUGUUUAUCCUUUCAUGAUCUCCAAAGCUUUUUUAAAAAGGUUCCUGAAUUGUUCUAGCCAUGGCAGUGGUGUUGUGUGGGGAUGGUUUUUUACACUAUACAGUUAUGUACUUGCAACAGUUGCACCACCCUUAUACUGUGUAUACAGUGGUACCUCCGGUUACGAACUUAAUUCGUUCCGGACUUCCGUUCUUAACCCGAAACAGUUCUUAACGUGAGGCGCACUUUUGCUAAUGGGGCCUCCUGCUGCCACCGCACCGCCGGUGCACAACUUCCGCAUCCCGGGGCGAAGUUCGCUACUGGGGCAUCUACUUCCGGGCUAGUGGAGCUCGUUACCCGAAACGUUCGUAAGGAGGACGGUACGUCACCCGAGGUUCCACUGUAUGCCUAUUUCAGCUUCUCUGGUUCAGCUUAGGGAAGCUAGUUCUGGCUUUUCAAAUCUGAUUUUAGUGAAGCCUGUAGGUAGUGACUCUUCUUGACCAUAGAGCCUCCAGCUCUGUGAAAAACUGACACUAAUAAACACCUGAAGAGGUCAAUGGCACCUGGCACCAUAGGAAUCGCUUUUGUGGCCAGCAGCUCAUAGGAGUGUUUGUUACUCGUGGAACACACACUGCACUUUCAAGGAGGCUUUCACAUCUUCUCCUUUUGGUGCUCACUGCAGCUUUGGCUUGUAAAGUUUUUGUUGGCAUGAUUUUGAGCCUACUAAAUGGCCAAAAAGACUUCAGUGCUUCUUUGGACUUGGAAACGUUCAGUAGUCUGCAUAGUGCUGCUACAGUGGAGGUCUAUGUCUGACUCCAGAGACAUAAUUUUUGGGCAGGUCUCUGCUUGUUACUGCUUUACAUUAAACCAGUUUAAGUUCCAGCCUUUUGCAUUCCCACACAUGGCUUGUACCACUCCCUGGAGCUUCUUACCUGUAUAUGCAUGGCCUUGUUGAUCAGUGGUGGGUGGAUUUUAUCCUUGUUAUUUUACAAGAACCCCAAGAUCUACCAGCCAGAGCCAGGUGCAAAAGACAUGGAAUUAGAAGUAGAAAACAGACUGCCUGUGAGCAUAUUUUGAGUCUAGGAAUUGAUUUUCAGUACCAGAGCUGAACUGAGUUCACAGUCCUUUCACACAAAAGCCCUGCUAAGCUUUCUUCAUUUUAGCAGCCUAAUUUAUGUGGGAACAGUUGUUUUGUUCUUUAAGAACAAAAAUUGGGAGUCAUUUAAAUCUAUGAUCCGCUGGUAGAUUCUGAUCUAUCUUCUGCCCACUCACAUUGUAUGUAGAUUGUGUGAGAAACCUGGGUUCCAAUUAAGGAGGAUUUGGAAUACUUGGAUUUCAGUGCCUCUUAGCAUUCAUGUGUGGGAGGGGCUAAGCAACUUUAAAAUGGAGCCUCAUUUAGGCAUAAUUUGACCCCAGAAACAGUUACCGUAUUUUUUGCACCAUAACACUCACUUUUUUCCUCCUAGAAAGUAAGGGGAAAUGUCUGUGCGUGUUAUGGAGCGAAUGCCUACGGGUGGCGGGGGGGAUCUGCUGUAGUCGUGAGCAGAGGAUCCAUGGUUCCCCUUCCUUCCCUCCUCCGUGGCUCGCUUUGAAACAGCAAAGCGGGAGAAGAGCCACUGAGUGGGGAGGAGAGAGGGACAGAGAGCCUGCUUGCUUUAAAGGAGCAAAGUGGGAGAGGAGAGGAGCCUUCUCCCCUUAUACGCCUCUUCUUCAUUAUUAGCAGCAUCCUUCUCCACCCACCCCACACGUGCUUCUUCUCCCCUUAAACCCCUCCUUUGCAUUAUUAGCAGCAUCCUUCUCUACCCACCCCACGCGUGCUCCUUGUCCCUUGAGUGCUUUUCCUUCCCUCCCCACUUAAAACGUGGUUACAAAGCAUGGAUCCUCAGGAUCUUUGCAUUGGGUCACCCCAAAUUCACCAUCAGAUCACAUAGCAUGUCCAUGGCUACAUCUUGCACCAAAAAAAUCACGCACCGACUGUUGCCUGGGGCCGCAGUGGUGCAAAAACGUGGUUACAAAGCAUGGAUCCACAUGGAUCCUCAGGAUUUUGCAUUGGGCUACUCCAAACUCACUGUCAGAUCACAUGUCUGUGGCCAAAGCAUGAACCACAAAAAUCAUACAUCCACUGUUUCGUUUAGAAUAUUUGUUUUCUUGUUUUCCUCCUCUAAAAACUACGUGCGUGUUAUGAUCUGGUGCGUGUUAUAGAGCGAAAAAUACGGUAAUUUCUCCCAAAGAUAUUGCAGCAAGCUGCGUGCAAGGCCUAUACAGAUGUGCACAAGCAAUUAACAUAGCUUUAUAGCAGAGUAACUCACCAACAUGCAGUCCUAACUUGUCUGUAGUGAAUAUGGCUACUCAUUUACCUCCCAGUUGUGCUGUUACAUGGUACUUAUACUGCGUUGAUGGUUUUUAGAACGUUGACCCCCAAAAUCAUGUGAGUAAUGAUGUAAACCUGUUUAGGAGUGCCCAGAAAAGGGUUAAAUGUCCAUUUGGCAACCUAUGGACUGGUUCUGUGGCUCCUGAAUCAUACCAGCACCAUCAAGCUUAAAUUUUGUUAUGAGUGCUUCUAACAACAUGUCAGACCCUGCAAGAUGAUGAGAGAGAGUGCAGGAGGGAGAGGGAGUUUGUGUUAAGUAGCUGAUCCCACUUCUCUGUACUGAAAUUUUCCAAACGGUUUCUAGUUUACUGUUCCACCCUCCCUGCCCUCUCCCCACCCCCAUGGCAGCAGCCUGCAAAACAUAUACGAUCAGUUUGAUCGGUCUGAAGGAUCAUUUGCUGGUAACUUUUAAGGGGAGGGAGGAAUAAAAUCAGGUUUAUAAUGGAGGUAGGGGCUGAACCUUAAGUAUAGAGUAGCUGCCACGGCUCCAUAAUUGCUGCACUGUGUCGUGUUGCCAUGGUUCCCAGUGCUGUGUCUCUGCAUGGUUUCUGAGAGUAGGGCCAAGGCAGCCAGUCACAGCAGAGCUGCUGUGUACGUGUUUGGGGAGUUUAGACUUGUACUGACAAGGAAGUGAUUGGAGAGAGCCCUGUGCUGAUAGUUAGGGUGUUAGGAAAGGAUCUGGGUAUUUCCCACCCCAUAUUGCGUGCGUUUUUAUUCCUUCCCUUCCUCCUCAGACAGACCGAGGUGGGAAACAUUAUAAGGCAGCAUAAAUGCUUAGUUCCUCCCUCCGCCGGUCCUCAGUCACGGGGGCAAUGACAUGAAAUGUGGGAUUCCUUCCUCUACCAAAUGGUGGGGUGGGGUAGCUGUGGGGAAGGGAGGCUGCUGCCUUUGGAUUGGCUCGGGCGUGUUUUCAUCAGAGAUCCCUUGGCUGACUUGCCAUCUGCAUAGGCUGUGAAUACUUCUCUCUGGCGCAGACCUUGUUCCUUGGGAUUGCAUCAUCUCUGGGAGAGCAGCCAGGUCCGGAGCACUAGUACAAAGACUUUGUGAAGCAGAUUCAGCCUGUUCUGUCUCUGAAGCAUUUCUCCUCCUUCCUGCUCAUCCUUCCCACAGGAUUCCAGAAAGAGAGCUUGCUCUGAGAGCCUCUCAGUAGGUCAGCUGCCCUUUGGACUCUGAAUCCCAGCUGCUUCCUGUACACCUGGCUGAUGCAAUGUCUGCCUUUGAAAUCCCUGCUGGAAUUCACUCUGGAGUGGUUUUGUUUGCCUUUUCUGGGAGUGGCCAAGCAGGCAGAGUAGGCCUGUCACAUGACGUCCUUGAAUAUAAGAAGCCUGUCGCCAGAUUUGCAGAUGCAGAGCUCUCUCCUUUCCAAUCUAGCAACCGGUUCCUGGCAAAUUUUGUCAGGCAUUGCCUUCUCUUGGUGGCGGAUAUAUAUCAUGUGCACAUUACAGUUGCUAGCAUUGUAAUUGGUAAUUUGCUGUGGCCUCUGUGAUUGUCCUGGGAAUUCGGAAGGGGUUGAUCUGAAUUUGAGUUCCAGUCCGGCUGAGUCUGUUUACUGCACCGUUUUCUUAUGAUUCAGCUGUUUGCAUUAUUUUUCUCCCAAAUGCCAUCUACGUAAAAUAAUUUAGGGAGUGAUACUUUACUUGACAGGUUUGUAAGGAUUCAUAUUUUUAAAAUCAAAGGCCUGCUUUAACUAUUUCCAAUAAGGUAUUUUACUUUCACAUACCCACCACACCACCUCCCACACACUUUGGAUUGAAAAGCAAGGUAUUUAUGAGUGCUCAUCUUGAUGCUUUGGCCCCCUUUAACUGUGAAUCUCAGAAGACACGUGGUGUCACCACCUUUUCAUGUGGUGUUUAUGAUAGAGCAUGGACCUUCCUUGUGGUCAUCCCAGGUUUUUUCACUGUUAUAUCCUGAAUUAGAAUUCUAAUAUCAAGGCUUCCAGACAGUUUGGAGUGAUAAAUUGUGGCCGGAUGCUAAUUGGGGUUGACUGCUAGACUAGAUGAUCCAUUAGUCUGACUCACUAUGAAAGUAUUUCAUAUUGGUCCCUGAACCAUCCUUUUGUGUCAGAGAAAGACUGGGGAAGGCUUUCCCAAUUUAGAGAACCCUCGUUUUCAUUUUGUAAAUGUAGCUUUUUGUCCUGUGGCUGAAAAAUCGUGCAGUGACAACGUUUGAAUAAUAGAAAUAGGAAGCAAAGCAGCAAAAAAUUGAUUGCCCAACUAACAAAUAUCAAUCUGGAUGUUGAAUUUAUAAUUUAAGGGAUAACUCAGGUUUUUCACAUCUGAGACAAUCGAUCACAGUGCUGAGGAUCCAGUGUAGAGUAAAUGCAGUAUGCCUGGCAACAUGCAACUAAAAUAUGUAAAUCAACUGCAGCCCUCUAGCUUGUAAUCUAUUUCCAGCUCAGCCUUCAGUGCUGAAAUGGCUCACCCCCCCUCUUGCUUUUUCAUAUGCUUCAUCUACCAGCUUCUGUUUUAUUCAGGCCUUAUACCCUGUGUCCUAUGAUUUACAAAUAGAAAGCUAUUAAGCACAACCCCGCCUUAUCCACCAACGAGGCAACUAGCAUAAAAACAAAAUUAAAGUGGCUACACUCUGUGGAAUGGCUGUCUAAUAAGAAAAGUGUAGAACAAGCUGAAUGCCCAAAUGAGAACAAAAAUGAGCAGUAAUUUGAGCAAAAGAAAUGCAAGCUGAUAACAAGGGAUGCAAAAGAAGAAUGAGACAGUGCAUCAGUGAAAACACUUAAAGUCAACUUUUUUAAGAACCCUCUUCAAAAUACAUUAGAAGCAGCAAACCAGCUGGGGAGAUUGCUGGAUUUUUGGAUAAUAAAGGAGUUAAAUGUGAGCUAUUGGAGUAAAAGAGUGAGUGCAGAGAAGCUGAAUGAAUUCUUUGCAUCUAUCCUCAAUGCAGAAGAUGGAGUUCAGAUUCUUUCCUGGGUGACAUGUGCAAGGAAGAAUCUAAGGUAUAGAAACUGUCCUGGGUGACAUGUGCAAGGAACUGUGCCAGGAGAGAGAUCUUGGUGCUUUUCAGUAGUAUUUACUGUAGCAUCUUUCUUGAGAGAUUGCCUGAGUUGGGGAGGGGUAUACUGCUUUACAGUGGUUCCAGGCUAUUACUCUACUCCCACACAUUUAAUGGGAUGUGAUUGGCUGAUUUUUAAAUAUCAGCAUAAUGUUAAUUAACUAUUCCUGAUCAUUUUUCAUUCUUGGGGGGAGAGAGUGUUGUGUUGUCUCAUUUUAUUAUACACAUUUAUGUUACAGUUUUUAAAAAAUAUUUUGUAUAUUUUAAUUGCUGUAAGAUGCCAAGUUUUUUUAAUAAAGCUUUUCUAAUAAAUUUAAUAAACUUACAAUUUAAAUAGUGGUUGGAGACAAAUUCUAGGCCUUGUCAAAAGCUUAACAAAUCCCUGGAUCCAGAUGGCACCCACCCAAAUGUGAAAUUGCUGUUCUUGUAAUAAAAUUAUGUAACUUGUCCCUAAUAACAGUCUCCAUACCUGGGAAUUGUGAAGUGGCCACUGCAAUACCAUUUUUUUAAAAAAUCAGGGGAGUAGGGAGAGAUUCAGGAAAUUACAGACCACUUAGCUGUUCUGGGAAAACUAAUAUGAAAAGCAUUAUUAAACACAAAAUCAUCAAGCACUGUUGUUGUUUGCGCCUGUCUUUCUCAAGAGGCAAUGGAGUGAACCUCCGGGGGUGAAGUCAAACCACUGUGUUAGCCGCACUGAAGUGACCUCGCCAGGAUGCAAGCCUGGGCAGUCUGUCUGGAGGUCCUGGGCUGCCCAGACAACAAGACCCUGCUCUCAGCCUCGCUGGUGUGGUCUAAAGAACAGCAGAGCAAUACAUUUGGCACCAGCUUGGCUGCAAGAGUUGCCAGAAGGAGGUGUACAGGACGCCAUCCAACCGCCUUAGGGACUCCACUCUGGAUUUGUGUUGGGUUUACUCCUUAGCUUUUUCUUCUCCUGAAGAUAUCUCACAAGGCAGCGGAGGUUUAGGACCAGAGGUUUCCUUCUCUUAGGACAGAGGUUUCCUUCUCCUAGAUGGGCUACCAUCCCAGGUUGACGAGCCUCAUCCUUUCCUCUACAGCACAUGCAGAAAACGCUUUCUUGACCAUUGGACCCACGGAUGGUCUCAUCUGUUCAAUCUGCCAAAGCCUGUCUUCGCAUUCAGGUGAAGUCCCUAAAUCACUGAGAGUUUGAGACCCAUUGGCUACCCUCAUCUGGUUUAGCCAGCCAGUCGAAGCCAUAUCUGGGGUGUGGCCACUGUCGCAUGCUGGCAGCUUCUAGGAGCCACAGUUGAGAGCUCAGCUCUCAUUAUCAAGCAUAUCGAAGAACAAAUGGUUCUGAAGAAGAAACAGUAUGGCUCCUGCAAAUAUAAGUGCUGCCUGACUAACCUAUUAGAGUUCUUUGAGAGUAUCAGUAUGGAUAGAGUUGAAUCCAGUAGAUGUGUACUUGGACUUUCGAAAAACUUUUUGAUGUGGUGUUAGGAGUGAGCAGUGGUGUGUGUCCCAAGUUUACUCAUCCCACCAAAUUGUUCAGGGAAGCUACCAAAAAAUCAGGGGAUGCAACUGCAGCAUUUGAUACUAGGCCCCUUCCUCUCACUUGCUUUGUCAGAUGCACUAUUCCAUAUGCUAUAAGUGAAUGCAGGGGCCUCUUCUGUGACAUAAUGCCUGUCUUUGUGCUGUUCCAAAACCACCCCAGCUGCUUCGUUCCUAUAGUUGAUAUCAAACUAAGAUCUAAUGUGCCUUGUGCUGGCCUCCUCCUUAGCUGUUUCCCCUCCCUCUGAAUGUGGUCUGGGGAAAAUGAAUCCAGAAGUGUUGGCUUGCAUUUUUGUUGUUUGGUGUUUCUGAAAUUGCUUGUUCCUCUGAUUUUCAUUCUCAUUAAUUCUACUUUAGUAUCAGCUGCACAUGUGUUUCCCCUCUAGAUCAUUGACUCAAUAAUGCUAGUUCUUCCUGAUUUUCACUGUUUGACUCUUUCUUAGUUUCUGUUCAUAUUUGUGUGCUUUCAGCCAGUUUUCAGGACCAUCUCAGAAUGACAUUUUCAGGGCUGGCGUGACAAAGAAUGAGAAUCCUCUAAAAUUGUGUGUAGUUGCUACUUUGCUGAUUUUACAGAGCUAUCAGCAUGGCUGAAGAACCCAGUGUAUUUGGAAACAAGAAUAUGAAGGGAAAGCAUAUGUGGAGGAUGCACAGAUCCGAGGGGGAAAGAAAUUGAGGAAGAAGUGUUGGGAAAAGUGGUUACACAAGGCCUAGAGACUUGGGCAGAUAAGGAAGGUUUGAAUAUGGAGGCUAUGACCCAGAAGCCAAGGAGGCAGUGGCCCAGUUUGCAAACAAUAUUAAGACAUAGUUUUAACACAUGCAGGUGUUUUGCUCCUCGCUCAUCUCUUUCUUGUGCUUUGUGGUCAGAGGAAACAAGCUAGUGUUGGGCCUCAUGUGCAAACCCAAGCUUUUGUGGGCUCGGGGUUUGUUUCUCUCUAAACAACGAUAGGCUGGCCAAGAACAAACCUUGGCCCCUGUUUGUGGUUUGUUUGGAGAGAAACAAAACCAGGGGCCUGCUCCUCAUGACAUGGCCCACCAGACUCUGCCUUGUUUAUGGUUUUGUUUCUGCAGCACACAGUGCAUCCAGGAGCUGGAGAGGAGCAAAGAAUUUGCACAUGUUAAACGCAAGUUCACAGAAUCAUAGAUUUGUAGAGUUGGAAGGGACCAUGAGGGUCAUCUAGUUUGACCCUCUGCAAUGCAGAAAUCUCUCAACCAGCUUGGGACUCAAACCAACAACUCUGAGAUUAAGAGUCUCAUGCUCUACACCAAACUGAACUAUCACUCAACCUGUUCAGUUUAAUGUUAUGUGUCAACCAUCUUGAUCACUGUGUUAGUAUGUUAAAAGUGAAAACUGUGACUGCAGUUUUCUUGCUAGCAUAAUUCUCCCAACUUUUUUUGUUAAGAUGACAGUAUAUUUUGUAAAUAUGUGGCAGUUUAUAACUGUAUCCAAAUGUGAAGAAACUUGGAAAAAUAUAAUUAAGGUUUUUUCUUCUUCACCUUUGCUAUUAUAUAUGCUAGGAACACCCACCCACACCCACACCUAAACCCACACCCCUGCAUAAUGCAAAGUGCUACAGGCCUUAAAGCAAUGUUUCAGGUUCAACAUCUAACACAGACUUUGUCACUACCCCAUUUUAUGCAUUAUUGCACUUGACUUUUACACCCAACCAGGUAUACAGGGCCUGAAUACAGUACUACGCUUCCUUGAUAAUUUUCAGGAUGUGACACCCAGAUUGAAGGGUGACCACUGCUGAUCACAUCACAUCAUUGUUUUGGAUAGAUACACAGAACUCCAAGUUUUGAUAUUCACCAAAUAUUCACCAGUUCUGAUAUUGGAUGUUAUGUGGCUCUGUCUAGGAUACAAGUUAAUGCUGUAUCAUAACCUGCCUUAAAUCUUCAGAGGCCAUUGGCAAUUGAAAUUUGGUUGAUUGACAUUUUAAGCUUGCAAUUAAUCAAAUGACCAUUUUAUUUGUAGGCUGCUUUGAAUUUCAUUUCAUCAUAGGGUGGAAUAUGAAUACCUUAAUAAAUACAGACUUGUCUGUAGCGUCAUAAGUUACCAUCAAACACGUGAUUACAGCUGCAAAUCUAUGUGUUUGUUUGUUUGUUUGGAACCAUAUUCACUGUAUAGGGGCUAUUUAUUCUCUCCUGCCAACCUAGCAGUUCGAAAGCACAUCAAAGUGCAAGUAGAUUAUUAGGUACCGCUCCGGUGGGAAGGUAAACGGCAUUUCCGUGCGCUGCUCUGGUUCACCAGAAGAGGCUUAGUCAUACUGGCCACAUGACCCGGAAGCUGUACGCCGGCUCCCUUGGCCAAUAAAGUGAGAUGAGCGCCGCAACCCCAGAGUCGGUCACAACUGGACCUAAUGGUCAGGGGUCCCUUUACUUUACCUUUAAGAACUGUGUGUUGAGGAUGACAGUAAAAGUUGCACAUGGAUCACUCAGAGUUUCCUCAAUCUCACUGGUGGUAUAGCUUUUUCUUCACUGUCGUGAGAGUCUUGAAGUCACCUGAAUCUACCCUAUGCCAUGUAGAAAGUAAGAUCAGUGUGGGAGACUUGUAUAGAUUGAUGAAACCUUUCAGGAGAGUUCUAAUUCUGAUUCCUGUCCAGCUCUCCCGCUCUUGAUUUACAAUGUGGUUUUCAAAAGAUGCGUGCCCUUUUUGGUCUUUAGAAGAAAGGUGGACAUUAUCACCAUUAUUGGGUGUUAGAAAUGUUUAAGAUGGUUUGGUGCUUUGUAUUGGCUGCAUUAUGUAGGCCAGAGAGAAUUCUAAUGACUGGGCAUCCUUCUGCCCUGUCUGGGGCUCAAACUAGACUGGGAGCCCUGCCCCCUUCUUUUUCAGAAUUCAGAGACACAGCUCAUGAGAUUCAGCAGAAAAGGAUUAAGCCCCCACAGAGCAGCCCCUUUGGUUUGAACCCAGCCUAGUCCAGCGGAGGGGGCACUGAGCUUCAUUGUCUUAUUGUUUUUAUAGACAAAACGUUCCAGCCGGCUCUUCAUCUUGCCUCCAAAGUCUCAGCCACAUCGGUCAGAUGGGAGUGAAGGAUAAAGGGAGAUGGUUGAAACAAAGAUUGCACUAUUCUGUUGCUCUUGCAUCCUGAAUGUUGAGGCAGUUUCAGAUUUGAUCGUCAUGGAGUUGAUUUAUAGAUGGCAUAUAUGUCUGUUCGGGCCAUUUCCAUAUAACACUACCAGGAAAAAAUUGAUACUGCCCUCUCUCCCUUGAACAGAUCCCCAGAUCAAGGCAUCAAGUAAUUUCAGUUCCUGUACAACCACAGCCUGGUUGUACACCUGCCCUGGUGUUGUUGUUGUUACUAGAGAACCUCGUUGUGUUGUAUGGGUGAGACCUUCUCCUUAAUGUUUGUAGGGCUGCAUGAGUCAGCCUAGUGGCUGCUUCCAGUCUCUGCGUAAUCCUCACUUGUAAGAUCCAAAACAUGUCCCCGCUCUUCCAUUUAUCAAGCCUUGUUGGCUCCCAUUUUCUUUGUUAUUUCUGAUGUACUUAGUUUUGUGAGUUCUUUGUUCAGGGGUCAUAUUGCGUUGGUAUUGGGUUCCAUGUCUAGCACAUUGUUGGUGCUCCACUAUUAAGUAGCGAUAGCGUUGUGGGCGAAAGCAACUAAAUUCUCCUGUCCUUUUCCAUUACUGAAGUUCCUCCUACGAGAUACUGUCCAUAAUUAAGCUGUUGUUGUUUUUUCUUAAUUAAGGAUGAGCCUUGAUGUUCUUCCUAAUUCCUUGCGAAUCUGGCUUAGGGCUGUUGGACUAGAAACAGCAGGCCUUUCUUUCAUUGCGUGGCCAGUUCUCAGAAAGAACCAGAAGGGUGCUUGCCAUUCUGUGUGGCAGCACGUCUGAACUGUCAUUCAGUGCAAGCAAACCCAUAUUUGGACUGUUUGGCAAACCUUAAAGGAACCCCUGAGAUUCCCAUGCUCUUGCCUGUGAAUAAGUGGGGCAAAACCUUGUUUGAGUACCAGUGCAGACCACAUUCACUGCUUUACACAGUAGUGAGCAUUCCUGGACAGAAUGGAAGACUCCAAAGACAAUCUGCAAUUGCAUAUUCUUUUACCUCAUGUGUGUGUAUUCAGGCACGCGUUCACACACAGGUUCUAAUGUGCCAGGUAAAUACUUCCUCUGUAGAAAUGUGCAUGUGAUGUAGCUCCUUUUAUGGCUGCAGAUAAUGCUAUUAACUGCAGAAACAUUCUGAAGAAAUUUUCCAGCCCCUCCUAGCAAGAUGUGAUCCAUAUUUCUACACCCUCUUUCAGAGGGGAACAAUUAAUAGCCUUUUCUAGGCUUACCUAUCGGUGAAGUGAUUUGAUACCUGAUGGUGCCUUGCUCAUAGGGAGCGAUGCAUGUUAAGUUCUGUGCCUUCUGCAUUUAGCCCAACCUGUACUAGUAAUUAUUACAAAGCUUGAAUGCUUGUUUCCCACACAAAGAGCUGCCCUGAUGGCAUGGCUAGCCCUGAAGAAUGGGAAGAAAGUGCAAAGGAACUAGGUCAGAAAGAAAGUGCAACAUUUAUUUGCUUCUCCCACAUUCCACCACGAUCACAUCACAGACCUCAUCCUUGCAUAUGGGUAAUUUGUGGAGGUAGGAAAGUUCUUGAAAGGCUACAGUGGGCAGCAGCUGUUCCAAGUUCUCUGUAAUAGGAAUGAACAGAUUGUUAAUUAGUAAUAUGUCUACCAUGGGCAAAGAACCAUUGGUUUCACAAAAGCAGUUUGUGGCAAGGCAAGGUGGAUAGUCGACCAUUGAACCCUUUAGAGCCAGCAGCACUUACUGGUGAGCUUUCCCACCUACUUUAAUCCACAAGCUCCUGCUGCCCUCCAAGAGUUUGGGAGUAAACACCUCCCACAAGCGAUCAGUUCUGCAGGUACAAAUCUAUUCCCAAAGGAUAGAGCCCCCCUGCACAGCCCCAGAUACACCUGCAAGGCACAAACUAGAUAUCCUCUCACUUACUGGAAGGCCUUGAGCUCUGUUGAGGCAGGUUCAGACAGGUUGCAUGUAGGCCGAACCAUCCACUGCAACUCUCACUUCAUGCUCCCUUCCUUACUUAAGUCCCCCCUCCCCCAAGUUGGCCUUUGUAUCAGGGCUGCUUCUCAUUCUGUACUUAGUUGCAGUUGAGCGUAGAUGCCGGAUUACAUAGCAUACCAAAUCUGAAUGGUGGAUGUGUGUGUUUAGUUACUUGUCUCUGCAAAAUAAAUGAAAGAGUAGGGCCCGUUCCUUUCCUGGUAGCUGUUUCUCUGUAUAUUUCCAAGUAACACAGUGGUUUAAAUGUCCACGUUGUGUUCAGGUCUGAAGAGAGGCAUAUGUACUGUAUGUUGUACUUUAGUACCAGAGUACAAAACAGAGAGAGGCACGGCCUUUGGGCUCAUUACUUCCUUCAUUGUGCAGCCAUCUGCCUUCGACUGUUCCCCCUUUCACCACCAUUUCAGAUGUGCCCCUUUCCCCCCUGUUCCUCUUGUGUUAAACCUUGUCCCAAGUGAGCAUGAGGGAUUUGGGAGAUGACUUUGCAUCUCAUGCACAUCUGUGAAGCUCAGGAACUGGAUUUUGGCACUAGGGUUGUCAUGAGGAUCAUUCUGAAAUAAAUCAUUACAGAAAUGAAUAAAUGCCUUCCGUGCUGCUUUCUUUUCUCAUUGGCUGCUCUGGGAUUCUAUCUCAACACACACACACACACACACGUUGUGCUCUGUCUCCCCUACUGGCAGUUUUACCCAUGUGACCGUCUUUUGCAAGACAGGCCUGCGGGCCUCUUGCCUGUGCUUGGCAUUCUCUUUUAUGGCACGAGGAAAUACCUGCAUGUGAACCAGGUGGCCAUAUUUGAGAGGAGAUUAUGUAAAAGUAAUGCAGAGGCAAGAGACAACACGCACCCUCUGAAGUUUCUCAUUCCUUCCUUCAGCCCGCACUGUCCUCAACUUUAGGAUGGUUUUGCAGGCAGGGUGAACCAUAUGUCUGUGGCAAUGAUACACAAAAAUGCAGUGCAUUGUUUCUUUUCCCCUUGGCAGGUUUCCCCAUGUCCGUGACGUGUUGGCCGAGGCUCUGCGGCUGCUCCCCGCCCUUGGAGCCGCCAGUCGCUACCCUUUGGACUCCGUGAUCCCUGACAAACGUCAUGAGCAUUGCAAUCCCUCUGGGAGUCACCACACCAGAUACAUCUUAUUCAGAUAUGGCUGCUGGAUCCGAGUAAGUUCUGCCUUGCCUGCUAGCGUGUGAAGGGCAUGGAAUCAGGCCUCGGUGUUCAGACUUGAGCUGUCCUGCUGAGCCCGGGAUAGCAGGGAGUAAGCUAGCUUUGCAACAGAUAAACCAGAAAUCUGAGGUGGUAUCUGGUGCACACAUUUGAUCGCGACGGAACACCAAACAGAAGCACUUCCCCCUUUCCCUCAAAUUGCGUCCAAGAAGAGGCACUGUCUAGAAUACUGCUUUCCCAGUGAUCUUUAAUUCACACCUGUUGUAUCAUACCUUGGUUGAUAGGUAUCUUGCAAGACAUGAGCCCUGACGGUACUCUUCUUUUCCUCUCCUGUAGCCUAAGUUGCAUGGUGCUGCUGAUACAGAUGGCUGUGUGAUGUGGGUAAGGAGGAUCUUUCAGGCAUCGGGCCUCUUGCCUAUCUCAAACUGUUAAGUAGAUUUUUCACCCCUUUAGUGUGGCUCUUUUCCCGAGGGAGGCUUGUAAGGUAGCUUGUGGGAAACUUCCUGCACCAAAACCCAAAUGAAGCGUCUACACUACAGGAAGGAAGAUGCCUGGAGUUGAAUUGAUCGUUGAGCUUAGUCAGGCACGGAAAGAGGGUCACGCCUUGCUGAUGCUGUUCUGUGCUCCUGCACUUGUCUUCAGCAGUUUCUCCCAAGAAUGGAGCACUGUGAAGGGCCAGACACACUGUUUGAACCACCUGCUUGACAGACUGUACUCAGGAGACACUGAAAGCUCUGUGUAUCUGGCCUCUGUUUGGUGGGCUUUUGUGAGGCGCUAGCAUUCAUGAAACACUCCUUUUUCCUGCAUCUUUUUGUGUAUCUGGAUACACGGUGUAGUAUAUCGUGUCUGGUUUUGUUUCAUACCACGGACCUGAUCAGGCUUUGUUGAGCACCUGUCCAGCUCAGCUUCAAUCAUACUGCAUCUGGAGUAUUCCCAGCAAAUAAGCUCACUACAAAAUAAAUGUCCUUUACUUUGUUUCCUGUCUAAUGUUAGAUCUGUUCUGAAUAUACGUCUCACUUCAUAGCUAUUUCUGUCAGGUCUUCUUGUUUUGAUGACAGUUUUUUGUGUUUUGUUUUACUGGGAAUGUUUAGGAUCACAUUCCAUGAUACUGUCAGGUUGCAGUGGCCUUGCGUUCUGUCUUCUUAUAUAUAGAGCCCUGAAAAGGCUGUAGCUGUUACCCGUCCUGUCCUUGCCCUCCUUGGGAGCAUGGAGGUAGAAGCAGCUAUGUUAAGAUUGUUUCAUAGCACUAGACUUCAGAUGCAUGUAGGUAAAGGGUCUGCCAGUCAACGUUUGCUCUGCUAUCAUGUGCCACCAAGCCUUCAUGGCCAAAGAGUAGCCACAAUUUGAAGAAGGGUCUCUGCUUGAGUUGUAUUAAUUUUCAAGCGCAAGCUCCAGGGACUUGGGAUGCAAAAGUAGAAAUGGGCAUGGAAAAGCUACUUUUGUUAGUAGGGUAUCAAGAAAGGAACACAUUGAUUCAAGAUUAAGCUUCUAUAGGUAGAGGAGUUGCUGGUUUUACCAGUCCCACUGUUUUGAAGAUCUCUGUAAUUUAAUGUAGCACAACAGAGCAGUAGUUAGGAAUGAGGAGUUUGCGGUCAUCUUGGAGAAACAGGAGUUCCAAUAAGCAAGUACCGUGUGGCCACCCGUCCUCUUCCUGGCUGUAGCUUUUGAAAGUUGACUGCAGUUGCAGAAAGGACAUUUCCUGAACCAUAUCCCUAAUGCGUGCUUGCAGCGGCAGCUCCUCCUCCUCUUAGUCCUCCCCCCUCCUUCCAAAGAGAGCAAUUUCUCCUUCUGGCAUCAAGGCUUUGGCUUCAUCACCUACGCUUUUCCUGUUUCCUUUUCUAUAACAAGGACUCCCACAGCCUUUCACUAAUUGCCCAUUUUGUACAGUACCGUAUUCUGAGUUGAUUUUUUUCUGCCACCUUGUGGUGGAAAAUUGCAAUUUUCGGUCAGUAAUUAGUUGGGAAUUCACCGCAUCAUCCUACAAGAAAGCAGGGUAUCCUGAAUAUUUUAGUUUGUCCGGAGUUCCUUCCGAUCCAGGUCAUAGAUAUUCCUGUAGCUCUUGGCCUAUUUUUGUCGAGUACUCUCAAGAGCUCCCAUCACUAGAAAAUUGUGUCUCGGCUCCUAUCUGUAUUGAGUAACUCAUUGCAUUUGAAGCAGCAGUAUGUAGACGUUGUGGCCUGAAAGGUAUUCCCCUUUAAAGUCUGAGGCUGUGGCGAGGUGAUCUCAAAUUGCAUAGAGUUGAGUGGGGAUCAGGAGGAGGAGCAAAUCCACGAAGGGUUUAAAGUGAAAUGAACAGCUAGCAGAAUAAUCCAGCGAGCAGCAUUGUCAGCAGCUUUUUCCUUCCUGUUGCCUCUUGCUGAAGCAGGGUUGCUCGUAUUGCUUAUCCGGGAUGCCUCAUUUUGAGGCAGCUGCCAGUCACUCGCCCUUCCCUAGCCCCUGCUUUAUGCAGAAUCCGGCCUUCAUGGAUUCCAUACCUCACUUGCCCCUCAGAAAAGGUAUGUCCAUUCUCGGCCGGAUAUCUGUGUGGCAUGAGAGAAAAUGCUAAGACCUGGCUAAUUUUUUUUUUCAAAGAACCACUUCCUCUACUGAUUGGUUCUGCUCUUGGCCCUUUCUGCAGCCCAGAGUCUGUGGAAGCUAGCCCAGCUGUUGGUGAGAAAAAUGUGUAUGCAAGUCAUGGCUACGGGGCCUCCCAGAGGCACAGCUACCGAGGGCUGCCUUAUGCAGUGAGUACCGUCUCUCUUAUCUGCAGCCGACUCAUCUAUUUUACCCAUCCCCUCUCCCUGGCUUGUGCAUGAUUGAGCUGUAUAUCUUCUUUGAGGACGGCAGCAUUGCCAAGUGACACAUGGGUACUGAAUUUCUAGCCCCGCGUUUGUGUUUGUUUAGUGCUUGCAGACAACUUACUGCGAAAGGGAAGUAUGGGACUAGAACAGCCUAGUAAACAAGCCCACAAAGUUACUGCAUUUCCAGAAAAUCAGCCGGCAUGAGAACAUAGGCUACCCGCCUCUUAGCAAGACAGUGUUAAAAGAAAGCCUUCUGCCGAGGGAGCUGGCGUGGUCUACCGCUCUUCCGCCGUGUGCCAGUCACAGAGGAAGGGCCGCCUUUCCACUGUGACCAGCACAGAAGGCAAACUGGCUGGUGGAGGAGGAGGAGGACAGAGUGAUGGGCCUGUUCGUUCACCUGCAUUGAAUUCCUGGCCUCCUUUGCCUGCCGAGUGAGUUGUUAAAUGCAAGCUUGGACUAGAAGGUGAGGGGGGCAUCUCUUUUUCCCUUUUUGGUCUUUAGCACUGACUGCUCAUAGAAACUACUACCUAGGGUAGACCUACCCAUUGCAGGUAUAUUUUUCUAAUGAAGUUCCCCUCGCCCCUCCCCCAAAAGUGUAUUGAUAAGCCCCAGUAUUUUGAAAGUUGAAAGCAUAGGUUUCAGAAUCAAGCCAGUUUGAAAGACAGCUUGCAGUUUUUCUGUGCUUAACAGUGCAGAAUGCUUGCAUACACAUGCAGGUCUCUGCCUUAAGAAAAGCAAGAGGGACCUGCAAGGAAAUGUUAUGGUGUGGAGUGUGCUGGCUCAGGUUUUCAGCUAUCCCAUUCCAUCGUUUUUCAUUCUCCAUCACCGCCACCCUGUCUACACCUGUCAGCCAGCCAGUAUUUCGUGCCCAUCGAGAAUGCUCAGUCCUCACUGGAUGGUUUGGGGGCAUUUUCUCCAUUUUGGGGGUUUGAGGAGGUGGAGUGGGUAUACUUAUGCUGAACCCCAAACACAUUAAAUUAUUGAAUUUCUCUGUCAAUAUCUGUGAGCAGCUCUCAUUCCAAACUUGGGGACAGUUUAAAAUAACUUCUUUGAACCAGAAAAUGACGUAUCCAGACAUUGAGAUGCUUAUUUCUACCCUAUACAUAUGCAUACAUGUUUCUCUGUCUUCUGGUUCCAGACACUCCAUUCUCCCCCUGCAUCCCACCCGGUUGCCAUUUUCUCCCCUUAGUCUCCACAUUUUGCGCCUUGAAGAGAUAGCAUAGAGCUGUUUGAGGCGUUUUCCCUGCAGAUUUUUUUUGGUACUUGUUGCAAGCCCCUGAUUUCCUCUGAGACUGCUGGUACUUCUUUCUUGUGUGUGGGUAGUGUGGUUUUGUUUCCAUUAGCACAAGCAUAGGUAGUUCAAAUCAGUGCUAGUAUAUUUUGCUAAGACGCCUGGAUAUCAGGGCUUUCUUUAUCUGUGGUUGGACUGAGAAAACAAUCGCUCCGCCCAGUUCUAGAGAGAGUCCAAAGUUGUAGGUCCUUGCUCUGUUAGCCAGAGUUCCUGUCGCUCCUCAAAUCUGUGCAUGUGGUGGUGGGUAGGUUUUGGAAGUGUCUUAGGGCUCACAUGUUGUGUAAAGUCAUGCCUCUUGCUCUCCUCCCCCACAUUCAGAAUAGAACUGAUGCAAAUGUUUGUUUUCAGGAUCAUAAUUACGGAGCCCCUCCUCCUCCGACCCCUCCUGCUUCUCCCCCUGUCCAGACCAUCAUCCCUCGUGCAGAACUGAAUGGCCUACACUCUCAUGAUGAGGAGAAUUCUGGGGACACAGAGAGUUCUUCAGAAGCAGAGUCUAUUCCUAGCUGGUGUCACUGUAGUCUCUCCCAAGAUGGUUUCCUCAUCAAAUGUGAGAAGUGCAGGUAAGUUCUUGCCUGUAGGCAGCCUCAUACAUGGGAAAACGAGGGGGGUGGGGAGAAUGUUUAAAGAGGCUUCCUGAUUGCUCAGUGGACCAUUUUCUUUACCUUCAAUUGGUCACUGCAGCAAAGGAGCUGACUUACACAAAAUCAACACGCACAUUUUCACAAUGCAGGAGCCAAAUCCUGCAAGUUCAUCAGAUCAAAUAAAUAGUACCAAUGUCAGAUUGUCUAAAAGUGAUUUGUUUGAGCUGACCAAAUGCAGUUGGUUAAAUAAUCAUACCUUAUGCUCAGUGGAGUGUGUCUGAAAGUCUCUAUGAAGUUAGGUGCUUCUAAUGCAAUGGUGAAAGAGUAAUAGCGAAGGAGAGGUGGAACUUCUUCAGCGAUUGGCAAGCAGCAGAAGGGGGCUUGGGGGUCAUAAGGAACAUGAGAUCUGAUGUCUUUCCACUUUCCUGUCCUUCCAGGCCAUCACUGGUCCAGGGCAUUUCAGUGGCUCUGCUUUCACACAGUGUAGGCUUAUUUCCACACUUACGAGGGCUAAGAAUGUGGUCUUUCUGAAACUUGAAAGAUGGGGCUCUUGAGAACAUGGGUAUUGCACUGGGCGCACAGCCCAUUAUUUGCUGGAGCGAUGGCCUUGGACGUGAAUAUGUGAAGCUGAGACGUGGCCAUUAAAUUCAUUUUAACUUUAUAUAACACUUUAAUGUCAGGUGACCUAGUGUUCCACUGAAGACCUGAGGUUAAUUUAUUUUAAGCAAUAUAACUUUUAAUAAUGCCAACUUUGGGUUUCUGUUGCCCUUUUGCAGGGGGCUUAGCCGAGGGAAAGUGAUCAGACUUCGUCGGAGGAAGCAAGACAACGUGUCAGGUGAGUUAGUGCCCCCAGGCUCGCGGGAUUUGAAUGAACGGGUGCCCUGAUGCAGUGAGAGUGCUCUGUGUCUCAUUGCCUCUCUUUGUCAUCUUUCCCAGUUUACCUGAGAUCUCAAGAGUAUAGGGUAGGUGCAUUGGAAGAGCUGAAGGGGGCAAGCGCAAAGCAAGUUGCCAUUGUGAGUGGAAGAUGAAGGUUCCUGGCAGCCUUUUUGGGGAGAAGAGUGCAAUGUUAACUCACCGGGGUGGGGCGGGGCAGGUACAAGUUUUUCCAGAACAAAGGGGAAGUUGCCAACAAGACGUUUUUCACGGCAGGCGGGGACAGCAGUGCAACUGAGAGCUGGGACGAGGAGCUCUCUCCCUCCACAGUGUUGUACACUGCUACACAACACACCCCUACGAGCAUCACUCUGACCGUCAAUCGGGUCUGCAGAACCAAACCCAAAAAGAGGAAAAGAAAUACAGAGAGAACUCGUACGGCACCAAAAGCCAAAAAAAUCAAGGUAUGUCAAUAGAUAUGGCUGUCGGCGACUCCAGCCAGUUAACUAAGUAAGCGUUGGGGAGGAUGUCUGGCCGUUUUCCUCUAAUCUCCUCCUUAUUGGUAUGCAGCCUUCCAUAUCAUGAUGAUGAUCUCCUUCUGGGUUUUUUUGUGGAGUGGGGUGGGGGGGGGACAGAUGCCGUGGACAAAACGAACAAGAACAGUGACAAUGUGUUCCACCGAUGCCUGAAGUGGAAUUGUGCCACCAUGCCCACAGCUCAGGCAGGGCUGCAACUGUGGGAAAAGGGAGGGCUUUUCUGACUGCUUAAGCAGUCGUUUGAACAACAACAACAAAACCACACCAACAACCCCAAAGGACUCUACCUGCAUCUUACUUACGGAGAUACAAAACUAAUAUUAUUGAAUUAGUAAGAACUAAACUGAAUUCCAGCAUUCUAGCCAAUCAGCAUCAAGUAAAAAAAUGAAUGCUAAGCAUCUGCCACUAAAUAAGAACAGCAAUAGUAUUUUAAUCAUACAACAUCAAGAAAUGACUUGCAUUUAAUUUUUUCCAUUUCAAAUUGACACCCCCCCCCCAAUGCUUAUAUGAUCUUUGGUUCCUUUACCACACAAUGUUCAGACUUCAGAUAUAGAGACCCAUGGGUGGAAAACUGGGGGUUUGGAUGCAGCAAAAUCUGGCUGAUAAAUAUUGUGCAUAUACAGAAGAAUUGUUCCUACAAAGCAAAUUUGUUUAUAAAAGUUACUUUUUGGUUAAUAUUCUACACAUUUUACAUGAUUCUCUCCUGCAUAAGCUAACAAAAAUAAUGCAUAUUAAAGUAAUUCUUAAGCAGUAGCUCUCUUCUUACUUAGAAGGGACUCUGGAUACUUGGAAGAGUUUUUAUUUGGGAAUUUCGUUUUGCUGUUUGAUACCCACAGAAAGAUUUUAGGGUGGCAUAACUGUGUAUAUUCUGCUGUGGUUCCUUUGCUUUUCUUUCAGAGCCUGUUCUUUGCUUUGUGGAAGUGCUAUUUGGCCAAAGCUGCAACAAUCCGUGCUUGUCACCUAGGGAGGUUCUGGAAAAGGCAGCCAACCCUUUAGGGAGGUGGGGGAGUCUACCAUUGAAAGUACACUAGGAUCAGUUUUUCUUCUAAACCUUGUUGCAGUUUUGCAGCUGUGCCUCCUAUUUAACAUGAAUGAGCACAGAUUUAUGGGGCAAAAAUACUGAUGGUCAUUUGUCUUACUCUUUCAACAGGCUUUUAGAGAAGGUUCACGGAAGUCUUUGCGGAUGAAGGUGAGUUAAGCCACAUACCUGAUCCCAGAAUAUAGUUUCAUUCUUGUAACACAAUUAAUGACUCCUGGUUUUGUUAUCAAGGACUACUGAGCCCAGCUUAUUGGUCAUCAGCAUGUAUGAAACUUCAUGGUUAUCCUUUGACCCGGUCCAAGAUGGUUGUGGCAUUAUUCUUGAGACAGGUGCACAUUUAAAGGACUUUGGUGUGCAAGGCAGGGAUGUUAAAGAGCAGAGACGUUGAAGGGCUCAUUAGUUUUCUAAGCGAUGUGGUUGGAAUGGGCUCAAGUACUGUUGUGCUGGUUACCUGAGGCUACUUGAGUAGAGACCAGGAUGGGAAGAACUUUGAAAAUGCCACAAAAAAGCUGGCUGAGAACAAGGACCACACAGAGUUAGGUGGUUAUUUUCCUAGUUAUAGGCUGCUCUGUCACCACAAGCAGCCCCGGUGCUUUUCACAGAGCCCUUAUGCCGUAUAGACAUUGAACUGACUCCCUUUUGGUGCAGAACUCUCCUUCAGAAGCCCAUGCCCUGGAUGAGAAUACGGCAGAGGGGUGGGAAAACCGCAUAAGGCUCUGGACCGAUCAGUAUGAAGAAGCCUUCACUAACCAAUACAGCGCGGAUGUACAGAACCUCCUGGAGCACCAUCUAAAUGCCAGUAAAGAGUUUGUGGGCAAGGCGGCUGUGCUGGACACAAUCAAUAAGACAGAGCUGUUCUGUAACAACACUGUCAUUGGCUCUCAGAUGCAGGUAAACAAGUAGACCCCAAAGUGGCGGUAGGCCAGUUGGCUGCAUGCCAGGGUGGUGGGUCAUUGAUAAGGCCCAGGUUUGAAAGAUGCUCUUUUGCCUCUAGAUGCAAGCAAGCUUAUACAUAGGGGAGAGCAGAUAAGGUGAAGCUCGGGGAGGUAUGAAACGACAGUCCUUCUCUCCCCGUCCUCCUUUCCUGGCUCAUUAGAUAAGAUUCUUUUCAGGUAUAAAACAUUCCUGGUCUGGCCAGCAAUGCUACCUUGAGCAUGUCUGCUACUUCAGUUCAUGCAUUCUGGUAGACAAUUAAAUAUGGCCAGUGAUCUCAGACCCUGGUUGCUCAGCUGCUUUUAACAAAUGCAGCCAUACACAUGGACCUUCCCUCUGCGGUGUGGGUCCUAAAUUCUCUCUCUUAACUUGGCAGCUGCAGCUAGGGAGAGUGACGCGGGUUCAGAAGCACCGGAAGAUCCUGAGGGCGGCCAGAGAUCUGGCUGUGGACACUCUUAUAAUUGAGUAUCGUGGGAAAGUGAUGCUGCGGCAACAGUUUGAGGUCAAUGGGCACUUCUUCAAAAAGUAAGAAUGCUGAGCAGUCUGAAAAGUGGAACCGUUUUGGGGGCUGGUGCGGGUGGGAGGUUCCCCACAAUCGAUCGGUUUUAGAAAUGAAUAUGCGUUAUGCGGUGGUGCGUCCAGCGCUCCACGAAUGCCUUGUAGGCUUGGCUGUGUUUGCCAUUAAGGUUACAAGUGCUGUUCUUUCUUUUUUAGGCCGUAUCCCUUUGUGCUGUUCUACUCCAAGUUUAACAGUGUUGAGAUGUGUGUGGAUGCUCGGACUUUUGGUAAUGACGCUAGAUUCAUCAGGCGCUCCUGUACGCCAAAUGCAGAGGUAAGUGGUUGCUGUGGUGUUUGGCAUUUUGAUAGGUGUGAAGAUUUGGCUCGUAUUGGUUGAGUUUGUGGUCGGCCACAACUUCAAACAAAGAUUGCCCCACCAGUCCAAAAGUGCUGGAUCCUCAGAUGAAGUCCCUUUAUACAAUAUUGAUCCUGCAGAAUAUUUUACCAGUAGCCUCAGAAGGACAAACACUUGGACGUUGUGGUCUUCAGCAGGUGGAAUUUUGGUCCAUCUGUCCUGCAUUCUCCAUCAAGUAUCCCAAUCCUUGACAGAAUUCAGAAUUCCCUACCUAGCAAAGCAAAUCCUUUUAGUCUCAAAUGUAUACAUCAUGCUUCACAACUUGGUUGUUCUAAACCAACAGUUGCUUAAAGAGGCUGGCUUUGCUGCUACUUCAUUGAAACUCAGCUUUUGCAGUGUGGCACAUGCUUGAUUUUUGGGAUUGUAACGUUUCUGUUUGUGUGUUGAAGGUUCGCCAUGUGAUAGCAGGUGGGAUGAUUCACCUGUGCAUUUAUGCUGUUACGUCCAUUGCCAAGGAUGCAGAGGUCACCAUUGCCUUUGACUAUGAGUACAAUAACUGGUGAGCGUCCUUGUUACUUGCUUAUUGGAGACUUGCCCUUCUUCCCUCAGUACUGACCUUUUCAUUUGUGCCCCUGCUUUUUGGUUUUUGUUGUCAAAUUACAUUCUCAGCCUCUCGGGUGGUAAAGGUCAUAAUGGGAGCAGUUCCCCCAUCUCUUUCCUAGGCAUUUAGCUCAAAGGUAUACUUACAUAUUGUUUCUCAAGACAUUGUGAAGCGAUACUAAUACAUUCUGUGUCUUUUGUGAUGGGGCAGCAACUAUAAAGUGGAUUGUGCCUGUCACAAGGGAAACCGGAGUUGCCCUGUGCAGAAACGGAGCCCAAACACUGUAGAACAGCUGCCUCCACCUGUUCUAGACACUCUGAUUGGAGCAGAGACCAGGCGUCGGAAAGCUCGUCGGAAGGAGCUGGAGCAGCGGGAAGCUGCAUCAGAUGAGAACAGCAAUCCACAGCCAGAGGAAGUCCCUGAGGGACUUGCUGCAGCCAGUGAUAAUGAGGUAAAGUCUCCACCAUCCUAUAGCAUUGAGUGUUGGUCACUAACUCUGGAGGAACUUGUUCCCAGAGGGAGUGACUUCCCUGGGCAUAGAGCAGCCCCAGCCCCAGUGAAAUGCUGGACGUUCACGGUAAUUGUCCCAUAUCUUUUUGCAGCUGUGACUGCUGCUGAGGUCCAUUCUCUCACAUUUCAGGUUGCAGACAAAGAAGAGAAGCAAGAAGAGGAGAAAGAAGCCACUGCGGAUGAGCAGGGAGGUCUCACUCAGAACAGACGGGCAAGUAUCUUUUCCUCUCUCUUUUUUGUAAUGGGUACAGUCCCUCCCAUAGGUAGUGAAUUUUUAUGCUGCCUUCUCACACAGUGUUGUCUAGUUAACUAGUCUGAUCUGCCUCCCUCAUGCCAGCAUUGUUGUUCUGCUCCUGUUCUUCAGGGUUGCUACUUUUUUCACUAGCCCAUGUGCCGUGUUGGCUAUGGAUUCUGAUUAUGUGGUUUAAAAUAGUGGUUUUCAAAGUGUCUGCAUUCAGGGAAUCUUUUCCAUGUUGGCUGGUCUGCAGCAGAACCCUGGACACUGCAGAGGAUUCUGGGAUAUAGUGUCCAUGUUCUGUUCAAGCAGGAAACUGGCCGGAUCUGUUGGGCCUCACUAGUGCCCUGUUUGAACUAAGUCUAUGCCUAUGCUUUGCAUUUGUAGGGAAGAUCAAGAGUAGUGGGUGUGCUGUCUUCCAUGACGCUUGUCCACUACAGGUCUAUCUUCUUACUAAGGAAAGCUUUGUUAAGCUUCUGAGAAACAGCAGGAUGCCCUGCAAAACAAAGGUGCAAAAGCAAGAUUACUUGUGGAAGGGAGUCAGAGUCAGGGGCUCAGCAGGCUUCAUUCAGGAACCUGUUAAGAAAUCUUAACAACCACCUAGACCUCCCCAUGGCAGUGUUAGAAACAGAUAUAAAAGCUAGGAACCAUAUGGCACCUUUUAACCUAGGCUUCAGUUGCCACUACGGAAUGCCUCAGCGCCCUGCAGAUCAGCUGAUCUAUGCAGCAGCAUAACACCAGAAGAUGUGCCUCUUUUGGUGCUGUGCUGCUCUGUGAAUCAGCUGCUCUGCGGGGCAGCGCAGCACCAAAAGAAGCCUUUCUUUUGCUGCCGUGCUGCCCCACCAGCCAGCUGACUGGCCCAGCGUGGCAGCAGUGCCAGCCAGCCAGAUGGAGAUGUCAUUCAGCAAACCUGGCGACCAGGUAGCUCCACUUCCUCACAAAAGGCUGGUGGCCUAUUGUGAAAUGUGGCUAGCGCCCUGAUAUUUUCAAGCACUACCCCAUGGCUCUUGAAAGUGAAGUAAAAUGGCAGCAGCUCAGAUAACAGCAGUUCCUUCUCAUCCUUGAACAUAAGAAUAGACAGACAAUAAAAGAAGAGAGGUUAGUCAACAUGAGGAAGCUUCAAAGGAAGCCUACAGACAUAGGAAAUGGAAGGUAAAUGGCAAUAGUCCCGCCCCCCCUUGAAUCUUAGCACUGCCUAUCCAUGCCAAACAAAAAAAUAUACCUUGGUCCAGUUAGCCUUACCAGUGUAUGUAUAUGAGGGAUAGGAUUGAAUAGGGUGGGAGGUGAGGAAGAGCAGGCAUUUUCCCUAGCAGCAACACUAGCUUGUUGCUUGUAUCGCUGUUUUGAAUCCCCUGGAGCGUAUAUUGUCUGAACAGCCAUCUUUUUAUGUUAUUCUAAUGGCUACUACUACUGCUUCUUUCUUAUUUCCUGCUGAAACUGAUAUGAGCAGCACACACUUUCAUCGGUUGGGCUUCUGUAGCCUUGGAAACAAGGUGCUUUCUUGUCACGGCCUUUAAAAACAAAACAGUGUCCUUUAAACGCUUAUACAGAGAAGUGGAAUAUUCAUUAUCAGUUAGAAAACAGCAACAACCAAACUUUCAUUCAAAAGGUAUAAUCCAAAGCACAGAAUAUCCUGAGAGGAAGGUACAGUUGAGGAAGACCUAAAGUUGGGGGGGGGGGGGGUUUAGGAAGAAGCAAGUGAGAGAUGACCUAGCAAGCAGUUUAAUGACUUUAAGUAUAAAUGUGGGGGGGGGGGGAGACAGGGGUAACAGGCAUUUUAAUCCUAGGCACCUAAUAUUUUCACAUGACCAUGCUGUUCUGAAUUGCAAUUGCUUUGAGAUCAGUGUAUUCUGAGUUGACAGAACUAGCACCCCAUGUUCUGUGUGGUCAGUGCUCAGGCAAGUUGAUCCACAAGGAAUGGAGAGCAGGACAUUAUUGGGAUGUCCACUAGUUUGCCACUGUUGAUCCUGUUGUGUUUCCCCUUCUUCCCUUGUUGUCUGGUCUGCCGUUUUUUUUUUUUUACCCGUUUGUACCUGUUCUGCUGACUUUGAUUUGUGCUUCGGUUGGGCUAGACCCGAGAAGAUCGGAAGGUAGAAGCCAUCAUGCACGUGUUUGAGAACCUGGAAAAAAGAAAGAGGAGGCGAGAUCUCCCAUCGGAUCGGAGCAGCACAGACGCAGAAGUGGUGGUCACGGCAGAGACUCCAGAACCGGAGGAAGUAAAAGCUGAGCCAAAUGAAACUGAGGAGAGCAGUUUGGCUUCAAGUGUUUCUGUGCCAAGUGCCCCUUCCAGUGCCAGCAGCGUUGGAGUGAACACACGGAGGUCUUCACAGGCCGGGGUAAGAAGAAGGGUAGAACUGCCAAGGGUUCGGCCCCAGUAACUUUGGGAAUUACAGUGGAAUUUCUGUAUGCAACUCCAUGUUCAGAAAGGAUAUACUUCCAGCUACCAGAUGCUGGAAGUGUAAUUCAACCUUCCUGUUGUAUUAAAACGUCCACUGGAAUAUAAUUAUAUAUUAUAUAAUUAGACCGUUGGCUUGAUCCAACAUGACAAUUGGUUGUGAGCCCCUGACUGGUAGCAUUUUCAGUGUUACCAGACAUGUGCUGGAUUUGAAAGAAGUCAUGUUUCAUUGGGCGUGCUGAGAGCACAAGGGAAGGCGGGGGCCAUACUUUGGCAUGGAAUUGCUGUCUGCAAAUCAGCACAGUUACUUUCACAGACCAUGUUGUACUGGCACCCUUGGACGCUUCUUAUUGGACUCAAAAUAUGCCAGCUGGCACCUGUUUGGCAAAUGCUUCAAGGGGUGAAAACAGUAUUCUAGAGGGAGCAUUGCAUUAAGAUGCAAGUAAACCCCCCCCCCAAAGAAUACUAGCGUCCCAGAUUCUCCCUUGACUCUCCCUUUACACUCCAGGAAUUAAAACCUUUACAGAUGUAUUUCGCCAGGCUGCUCCUGUUUGAAAGCAAAUGUGUAGAGGUGCAGGUUCUCAAGAAUUCCAUAACUUACACUGGGCUUUGCACUGCAGGAAACGGCAGCAGAGAAACCAGUCUCUAAAACAGCACCGUCAAAACCAGCUAGGCCGCGACCCAAAAGCCGGUUUUCCCGUUAUCGGAGUAGUUCCGCACAGAGACUGAGAAGGCAAAAGCAAGCCAGCUCCCAACAGGCUGAGCUCUCUCAAGCAGCUCCAGAGGAGGGAAAUGCUGUGAGCACAGUAAUGGCGGCGGAAGUCAGCAGCGUGGAGGGUCCAGGAGAAGGGAAGCAGUUGAUGGGUUCUGACCCAGCUGUGGCUGCAGUUGCAGGAACACAGGCCAGCCGGGCUGCACUCAAGUAUCCCAAAACGAAAAAGGUAAAUCAACUGAGGGAUGGGCAGGAUGUAUCUUAAAGGUAAAGGUACCCCUGACCAUUAGCUCCAGUCACGGACGACUCUGGGGUUGCGGCGCUCAUCUCGCUCUAUAGGCUGAGGGAGCCGGCGUACAGCUUCUGGGUCAUGUGGCCAGCAUGACUAAGCCGCUUCUGGCGAACCAGAGCAGCGCACGGAAACGCCGUUUACUUUCCCGCCGGAGCGGUACCUCUUUAUCUACUUGACUUGAUGUGCUUUCAAACUGCUAGGUUGGCAGGAGCUGGGACCGAACAACGGGAGCUCACCUUGUCACAGGGAUUCGAACCGCCGACCUUCUGAUCAGCAAGCCCUAGGCUCUGUGGUUUAGACAAACAUAAGCAUAUUGCAGGAUGUAUCUUAGGACCCUGCAGUAUGCUUAUGUUUGGGUAACAAACACAGUGUGUGGCAGGUUUAUAAAUUACAGCAGGAGCUGUACAGAGACUUCAGUGGUGCUAUCUGAGUCAAGAAGACAAGUUUUGACAACCCUGAUUUUCCAAACCCUCCUCCACUGGUUUCCCAACCCUAUCAACAUUCUCCAGUGAAUUACUAUCCAUUUUCAAAAGGGUGAAAAUAAUUUUAGCCCAGUGAAAAGCAAUGGAGGAAAAUGGCUUUUUAUGAGAUUCCAGUGAGACAGAAAUUCUCAAACUGUGUGAGCUCCAGGCAGGUUUGACUGUGGAAAGGUUGUAGAACAUUUGAGAAUAUCUGUGCUUGGACCUGCACUUGUCUUAUUUUUUUUUUCUCUGAGUAAUGGAGAUGGGAGGCCAUUUUGACCAAGGGACAGAUUUAUCGAACAGACAAACAAGUCAUUUCCUAGGGCCUGUGAUUUUCGUAAUAGUGCUCUGAUUUUGAUAAUGGUGCCAGAACCAACAAAAAGGUUUAUUAAGUGGACUGCUAAGACCUCCAGCAAUUUACAAGUGGUCUGCCAAGAAAAUAAAUAAAAUAAAAAUUGAAAACUGCUGCAGUAGAAGCUUUACAUUCACUUAGAACCAUUUGAGGAAAAGCAAUCAAGCUGAACUUAAUUUUCUGUGGUGUAACCCAUCUUAAGCCAAGAUCUGUUUUUUAAUGGACACUUCUUCAACUCAGUUUUUAUUAAGAGGUUCAGAACAUGAUUUCUAGACCUUUAAAAUAAUACAAGUGGCACUCUUGCAACCCAACAAUGGGGCAGGUUUUGGCACCUUCCAGAUCACAGGGAUUUCUUCCAGGAGGAGGUGAUUGUUGAGAACAGCAGUUCUCAUUGUAAGACCUUAUUAAUUACACCAAUGAGACAUUUCCAAGGAUGUCAUUGCCAGGCCACUUGUAUGUAUAUCUUGCGCACCAGAUUUAAGAGUGCAUUUGAGGGUUUUCAUGGAGGGGGGGGAGAUAAUCAUGUUGUUGGGCCAUAACCCAAUGGUAGGGCAUAUACUCUGCCUCAGGUUUCAUCUCUGCUACUUCCAACUUUAAUAAAGAGAUGUUUGGCAGCAGUUCUGGGGAAGUUCCCUGCUUGAAACCAUGGACAACCAGGGCCCAGGCAGAGUAGACAGUUCUGGGCCCACCUAUUCCCACCUCUCCCUAUUGACUCUUUAUUUUGUCUUAUCUUUACAAGUUCCUUGCAUAGCAAGACACAUUUCUGUUAUUUCUGCUUUCAGUAUCUAGUUACAGAAUGGCUGAAUGACAAGGCAGAGAAACAGGAGUGCCCCAUUGAGUGCCCUUUACGUAUCACCACUGACCCAACUGUGCUGGCUACCACCCUCAAUAUGUUGCCAGGCCUGGUCCACUCCCCACUCAUUUGCACCACGCCCAAACACUACAUCCGUUUUGGUUCUCCCUUCACCCCAGAAAGGCGAAGGCGGCCGGUUCAGCUGGAUGGGAACUACAGCUCAUGCAAAAAGGUAUGUUUGCUUUUGGUUGUGGUCCGUGCACUUGGCCCAAUAUUUCUUUGAAAAAAGAAAUUUAAAUGUCUAAUGAACGUGCAUGACUUUCCUUAAAGCACCCCAAAAUAUGCUUGCCCAGGUUUGGUUUACUGAAACUCUUCCUGGAAAAGAAACAUACAACUAAAAUUGUUUUAGUUGGUUCUCGUAUUUUCAGUGGAUGUAGGGUACAGUUUCUCCCUGCUUGCAACACUGCCUCAUGACACUUUAAAAAUUACAGAAAAGGCAUGGUCUUCUUCCAUAGGCUCAUUAGCUGUUCCUAGAUGUGAAUAGACUACGCACUGCAUGUAUUGUUAGAAAGACAAGACUGUGGUGUGCUUGAACUCCUCUACAGUGGUACCUCAGGUUAAGAACUUAAUUCGUUCUGGAGGUCCGUUCUUAACCUGAAACUGUUCUUAACCUGAAGUACCACUUUAGCCAAUGGGGCCUCCCACUGCCGCUGCAUGAUUUCUGUUCUCAUCCUGAAGCAAAGUUCUUAACCCGAGGUACUAUUUCUGGGUUAGCGGAGUCUGUAACCUGAAGCAUCUGUAACCCGAGGUACCACUGUAUUUAAAUACUGUCUCUUGCAGGAUUUCUUAAAACGCUUUAGUGUAUGGGUUUAAAAACCUGCAGUCGCUGAAACAUCUAAGUAGUAAUUGAUGCACCUUGCCUACUGGGACUAAGAUUCUAAAUUAGGUGCACUGUACACAUCUUGAAUUUUGUGGUUGCCAAGAUAUUGCUGAAUGAGAUCUCUUGAAUAGAGAUAACCUGUGAUGAUUCUUGGUUAGGUGAGCAAAAAGGAAAAUGCGUUUCACACCUGUUUUCUCUCUGCACCCCAAGCUGUAGACUAGGGAGACUAGGAAAAUCAAGAGUAUCUGUUUCAAGAAGGGCUUUGCAUAGCCCAGUACUGGGUGUGAGACAUUCACUAUGACGCACACAUUGUGAUGCCAGCUCUAGAUUUUCCGUAGACCUUAGCAAAGUCAAGUUUUCAUUUUAAUCUUUUGCUUUAUUUUUCUAGGCUACUAGUUAUGUUGUUUGUCCAAUGCUUUCUUUAAAUGUAUUCUUUGCCUUGAGAGGCAAUACCUACUCAGAGUCUGCCUAAAGCAGCUUGUUUUUCAUGCCUUACAAAGGCAGGAUUAAUAGCUGGGUUUCCAGAGGGCUCUAAGCUGCAAAGGAAUGGUCCAUGGACACAGGAAUGCCCUGUAUGCAGUUUCUUGGGCCUCACGAGCUACCUGGUAUAAAACAACAGAGCAAUCCCCCCCACCCACAAAAUUGUGUCAACAUAACCCCUCAGGCAGAUGAGCAGAUUGGGAGUCUAUUCUGGUUUAGGCUGCUUAAGUAAUGAAAGUAGUUCUCAUAAUACAUGACAGCUUUUUAAUAAAGCUAAUAUUUGGGUAUCUUGCUUGUAUUUUGGCAAGUUGCCUGUCAAGGGCAAGGUGCAAGAAAGGGGAUGGCCAGCAACAGGGCUAUGAGGAAGUGGCUUCUGUCUGCUUGAGUCUUGAGUGGGCUAAUGCGUUUCCACAACUAUCUUGAACACCCACAAGGACUUUGAAACUUGUUUUCCAACAAAAUUGCGGGAUGGUCUAUGGGCACAUUUGCGUAGUGAGUCUAGAGCAGCAUAGGAUGGCCAUACUACUGGUCGUCUCUAUUUCUUCGCCUGCUUUUGUUGAAUGUAUAUUCUAUGCUGCAAUCAGGCCAGAAAUGGGCUCCCGACAUUUCCUUUUAGACUGGUAAGCAUAUCUCUGCCAUAUCUUGCUCUGACACAGCGGGAUAAGCCGUAUUUAGAAUGCACCUUCUGCUAAUUGGGUCCUGAAUCUGGCUCACUUCUCUGUGUGAAUGUCCUGGCGAGCUAACCCCAGCGUGCUUUGGGGAAAAAGCAAAGAAUUCAAUUUUGCUUUCCUAAUUUCAAUUUAGAGCAUUAAUAACAUAAUCCUGUGUGCUUAAUUAGAAUCGGUAAUUUCCAGAUCUGGUUUUACCGUGUGCAUGUUCAACAUAUGAGAGUCUUGGACUAGGUAGGAGUGGCAAGCUGUUGUUUUUACAUUUCCAUAUGCUAAAAUAGUGGUACCUCCCUAGUAAAAAAAAAAGCAAAACAAAAAUGCCAGAUGCUGGCAUUCAAAUCUUUUCAUAUAAAGAUAUUGUUCUAGUUCUCAUGGCUGUGGAGAUGCAUUUGAAAAUGGGCUAUAAUAGGUGAAUGGCUCAGGGUUCAAGGGGAUGAAACUUUUGGCCCGCACUGGCUCCCUCUCUCUCCUUUGAGGCUCCUAGCUACACACAAGCCCCUGCUGCCCUCCCUGCCUUAUGCCAUUUCCUUCUCCUACUGCACCAUCAUUUGCCAGUUAAAAAUAUGGGCUUAGCCUAAAACACUAUAUUGAGUGACCUCAUGGAAAAUAAAGACUAUUUGCAUAGAGGCCUCACUUAUUUUCAGUAAAAACAACAACUUUGAGUUGGGGUACAGGGUGUAAACGGCCCCGCCCAUAAAGCAAUUGAGGUGAAAACAGAUCCUCCCCACCCCCUGGGGCAUUGACCGAUAACAGAUGGAAAUUGCUGAAAGUGGUCUGUUGCAAGUCGGGGGGGGGGGGGGAGAAACACUAAGUGGGAGCCUGUGCAUUAUUGAGCAAGGUUUGUUUUUGCAGCGUUGGAUGAAGCAGGCUCUGGAAGAAGGGAUGACUCAGACCUCAGCUGCUUCCCAAGAGAACAGAACUCAGUGUCUAUACCAAAGCAACGAGAGCGGUAGCACUUCUGGCAUCUGCAAGGAAAACGCAGGUUGGUUGAGAGGUCUCCAUGUUUCAGUGGUGCACCAUGGAUGUCGUUUCAGUUUUCCACUCCUUGAAGGGCCAGUUAGAAAGCAAGCAAGCAUAAUUGCAGUCAAUAACUCUACAUAACUGGCCUCCGUGUACUAACCAGUUUAUUCAUUUGUUUACUGCAUUUAUAUCUCACCUCGUUCUCCAAGGAACUGGAGGUGGUGUGCAUAGUUAUUCCCCUCCUCAUUUAGUCUUCAGAACAACCCUGUGAGGUAGGUUAGGCUGAGAAGCAGUGACUGGUCCAAGGCCACUCAGUGAGCUAUUGAGCAAUAAUAGGUACAGUUCACAUAGAGUUGCAUAGUGUGUUGCUACCUGUUGACACAGGCUUCUUCUUCUUCUUCUUCUUCUUCUUCUUCUUCUUCUUCUUCUUUCCUUCUUGUUAUUUCCCAGCAACUCAGGAGCUACAGUCUUUGGCCCAGGGUUUGUGAUGGACUAGAGCUCAGAAGUGCCACCCUCCUCAUUGUAUAACAUCCUGUCCUUCACAGCUCCUCAGGGCUCUAAGGUGUUUAGAGCGUGGUGCUAACACCAAGGUUGUGGGCUCAAACCCCAUAUGGGCCACCUCCAUAUUCCUGCAUUGCAGGGGGUUGGACUGUGAAUCUCGGGGUCCCUUCCAGUUCUACAAUUCUGUGACUAUGGCAUGGGCCCGUUGCCAUUCUGCAGAUAUCAACCCACCUGUUAGCCUGCUCCUGAGGGGAAUGCAAGGGGGAACAAGCAGAAAAACCGUACAAGCUGCGUGAAUGGUGUUUCUUUUGCCGGGUGACUACUCAUUCUGACAUUUCCCUUGCAGAGGGGGGCAGAGAGGAGUGUAAGAAGGGGACCCUCCUUUUCCUAGAUCAAGAGAACCCAUUCCCCUUUGGGUUUCGUCUAGAAACAGAGACCUUAUUCCCAGGGAGGAAGUGCACCGCACCAAACCCAGUGCCACCGCCUUCCUCCAAUUGCUGGGAAAAUAACUGGUUAAAGAGUAGGCACCUGGUUGCAGAACAGCCACUCGGCAGCACCGGAGCAUACAUCUGUGAGCAAAGCAAAAAGACAAGUUUUAAAAACAGUAACUUUGCAUCUGUCUUUGCAGAGGAAGAGGGUGGCGAUCUAUCCAAGUCAGGGAUCAGUUUUCCAAGGACGCGAGACGAGGCCCUAGGCAGUGUACAGAUAACUGUGUGUUACACAAAGGUUAGAGGCAUCGAAAGCAGAAAAAGCACUAGUUAUGGGCAAAUUGCAAUUUUAAGCGAGAGGUGGGUGGGGGGAGCAGAAAAGGCUCUCUGGUGAUCUUUCUAAGAGGCUUCUGUGGGUUGGAUUCUUUGAGUUAAAAGUUGUCCAGUGGCAUUUCUUAGGACCACGAAAUCAUUUGGCUUUUGAGGGUUUCUUGCAAGUCAGAUUAAGUUCUGUCACAGGACGUAAAGAAGUGCUGGGAAGGGCAGGCCUAUGCAACUUCCUUGUUAAUAGGGUGGCGGGAGAGAAGAGAGGUGCUGUUGUGGCUUGAGAAGGAAGGGAAAUUGGGCGGGGGGGGGGGCUGUGUACAAGAUUCUUAUGCAAGGGACAGCUCACAUAUGCAAGUCAGCAUCUUGGGGGAACAACUCAAGAGUGCUUGCAGCAGCUAGUGAAAUCAAUAUUUGUGGGGUUGGGGAUCUAAUCUACCAGCAAAAACUUGGCAAAUGACCUCCCCACUACCCACUUACAACUAUCCCGGGGCUGCUGUUAGGCAAAGGUUUGCAUUGUGUGUUGAAGGGUAGAGCAUAAUCUUAUCAGUAGAUGGAUGGAAACACUGGAGCAGCCCUACUUCCCUUGGAAUAAUUGGCUCUCACUGGUUAGAAUGCAACUGUGGUUUUUUGGCCAACAGGAUUGAUGUCUGUCGAUGGAAUAUCGGCUAAUAGCCUUUGGGAUGCAGGUGGGCAGCCUGCUGCUCUGAGCCAGAUUCCAUUUGGCCUGAUUCCAUUUGUGUGGCAAGGAAAGAAAGAUGAGUAGAGUGGACACCUUGACCUCUGACCCCACUCUCACUUUUGGCUCAGGCUCCACCCACCACCAAUACAGUGGUACCUUGGGUUAAGAACUUAAUUCGUUCUGGAGGUCCAUUCUUAACCUGAAACUGUUCUUAAACUGAGGUACCACACUAGCUAAUGGUGCCUCCCACUGCCACCACGCGAUUUCUGUUCUCAUCCUGAAGUAAAGUUCUUAACCAGAGGUACUAGUUCUGAGUCUGUAACCUGAAGUGUCUGUAACCCGAGGUACCACUGUAUGUGACUCCAGCAGAUUACCCUCCAGGGCAUGUGACCCCCAGCAGAAAAAAGGCUGCCUGCCCUGCUUUAGACGUUCUACUGAUAGUGUGAGGGGUGGCUUACUGAUGAGCAGCUACUUUGCAGCUGGGAAAAGUGUUUCAAGUUAUCCAACUGUACGAGUGGGCGAAAGAAGCCUUGGUCUAUUGAGAAAGAGAGAUUAGCUUGUGUGUGCAGAUGCAAAACACUCCAGUUGAAGGAAAGUGGGGGCUUCAAAGUUCUCUUUUGGUCUUGCCAUCAGUAGCUGGUCUCUACCCUAGCAAGAGACUUGCUGCUGCAAGGGUAGUGGAAUUUGACAAAAUAAAAUUAACAAGGACUCAUUGACGAAGAUUGCUUGGUGUCUGAGGAUAGAGAUAAUAGAGCAGAAUAACCCUUUUACUGUACUUAGAGGAUUGAUUUGAAAGCAUUGGGGACAGUAAAGAGUGCAGAGAGGGAGGCCUGGAUGUUGUCAGCAGGAAACUUAACAGGGGGACUUGUGGGCAUUACUGGAUGUUUCCUGCAAGGACUAGUUCUUGUUCCGACUUGUUUUGAAUCCUUGCCAGAUUACCCAUCAGCCUAAUGAGUGCAAGGAAGAUGCACCAUUCCUAGCUCAGGAAGACUGCAGGUAAAUGAAAGGAAGCUUCACAAGGAAGUGAUGCGGCUGAGUGGAAGAGGGAGAGACUUGGGUUAUCACUUUCUGGGCCACGACCCUGUCUUUUGGCAAGGUGCAUACUGCUGUGUUGGUGGAGAUGUAUGGAGGUGAUGUAGAGAGGCUUAGAUUUUGGACAACCUAGACCUUAUUAGCUUGUUGAUUGCUUUUGGUUUGGACCCUUUUUUAAUCUCAGCAAGUUCCCUUGAGCCCUGAAAUUGCCCCCCUUUCUUACCUCCCCCUGUUUUGAUAGUGCUCCUCUUUGGAGAAAAGAAGGGUUCUUUUUUAUAGAGAGAGAGCUGAAGAGUUGUCAGUAUGGCAAGAACCAGUCAAAAAUUUAAAGAUUCCUGUAGGGGGAGUAGAUGAUGAGCGUAGAUUGGGGCUUUGUAAUGGUAGAGUCACUACCUGGAUUCUGUGUUGCCUUUCAGAUUUCCUGAGCCCCCUGAAGAAGUGGAAGUCUCGCUAUCUAAUGGAGCAGAGUGUUACCAAGUUAUUGAGACCGCUUUCUCCAGUCACUCCCCCACUUCCUGACCCCUCGGUUCCAGAUGCGCUGAGCCCACACCUCACCACGUCCUCCUCAUCUAUGCCAGGAGAGGAGGAAUGUCGAAGUAGCUGCGGUGUGAUCUUCUCACCAAUUCCCUCCUUGGCUGCUAGUCGUUGUAAUACUCCACUACAGUUUGAGGUAAGUUGGGGGGCAGGAUGGCAGCUUUCCCUGCAGACCUAGGAUGUAUGCAUCAAAACUCCUUGGAAAGACACAGGUAGACCUAAGAAAUGAGCAGAUAGGUUUUUUAAAGAAUCCUGUGUAUUCCGAGAAUCUGGCACCUGCAGAUUAUAAAGUCCCUAUUCUCCUUUAUUGUUAUGCACAGUAGAUGGAUACUAGAGUGUGCAAAGGGUUACAGGUUACCAGAAACACUAUUCCCUGCCCUCUGUUUCAUUUAAUCUCAGCUUCCCCACCCCAGUAGCAUCCAAAGAUGCUGUCAACUUCUGGGCUGCUGCUCUCCUGCAUUCACCUCUUAGCAAACUCUAAGCUUUGGAGAACAUUAGCUGUUUUGCAUCCCCAGAAUUCCCCAUCUGCAUGAUGUGUUGUUUCCUGUUCUUCUUACAGCCAUUUGCCUCCCCCUUUCAAAACUUCUGUAAACCUUUGUAGUGCAGUGCAGGUGUGAGUCAUGCAGGUAGCCUCUGUUUUGCAGUUUCCCUCGUGACAAGCACAUGCCAGUGCUUUCAUUCUGAAGCAUCCCGUUUUCUUACUUUUUAUUGUGUCCCAUAUUUGUGCUUGGGGUGGAGUUGAAGCUUCCCAUUCCCAUUUUUCAAUAUUGGGCCACUAAACUCUUUAGGUCUGCUGCUGCCUCUUAGCAAAUCUCCCUGGAAAUGUCUAUUCUUAUGAAAGUUGAGAUGACCACAAUUUGGGAUUCUGGACUCUCGAUCUUCUGCUAUUCUCAGCUUUCUGCCUAAUUGUAUGGGCUUUGAGUCUGGGCUGUGCAUUUCUGUACACAUAAGAAAACGAUAUUGCACCGAGACAACCCAGACUGUUGGAAUCCAGACUCUGCAGCUUCUAAAACGGUGCAAAUCGGAAGCCUUUGCAUGAUUUCUCCUUCUUUGCAGAAUUCUACUUCUGUUUAUUUUUUAUUUAACGAAAUGUAUGUACCGCUUGAUUGUAACAUAACCUCUAAGUGGUUUGCAAGGAGGAUUUAUUCUGCUGACUGGGAUGGCAACUCUUAAGCCGCUUUAAAUCCUGCUCACCAGCAGCCCUGACUCCUAAGAUUCCAUCAGGCAUUGCCCACAUAUUCUCAAGUGUAGCUUCACAACCAUAGUUGCUCCUUUGAAAAAAAAAAAGAGAAAAAAAAUUCUUAAGCUGAAUUCUGUGGCUGGUGUCCUGUGGCUUUUCUAUACUUCCAUAUAAUUGUAGCAUUUCCACCACCGCGAUUAUGGCCCUGCUGCUUGAGCGCAAGUAGGUUGGUCAUUAUACAGUGCCUGAUCAUUAAUUUUGCUUACUAUCCAAAUGGCAAGAUCCCCAAUCACUUUCCCAGUGCCUUUGGAUUCAGGUCUGGUGGGCUCUUGCACAGUUAGGCCACUUCCAGUUCUGCACGGAAACAGAGACAGGACUCGUUGGGCUGGGGGAAAUGCAGAAUCGUGGUGUUGCCAGAAGCCACAGAAACUUGAGUGGCCUUAGCUGCACCAGUCUUAGUGAGACAGUGGCACGGGAUGUCACUAGGACUUUGUAUCUUGAGACUGGACGUUGGUCCCAAUUUGCACUCCUGAUUUGAAGCGGCACUUAAGGAGUGUUGGUCAUAGCAAGCUUCAGUCGGACUUCAAAGGUUUCUGCCCCGUGUAAGAAAGUGAGCGGCUUCUGCUGCUGUAUGACUGAGUUUUCUGCCCACCUGCCCCUCUUUAUGUGUGUUGCAGGGAAGGAGCUUUUCAAUGUGUUAAAAGUUUCUACCACCCAUUCUCCCCAGUUCCCCUGUGUUGAGGCUUCCCCUUUUCACACCAUUCCACUCAUUCAUCACACGUUAUUUAUGUUUCCUUUAAAUUAUUUCCUGCUGCGUUUCUGCCCGAUCCAUAAUUGUCUUUUUAAAAAAGGAAGAAGCAAAUUAAAUAGUGCAUUGUUAAACAGCCGAUAGAAAUAGUUCAAAGCAGUUUGAGCAGCCAUCAAGUUGAGCCUACCUCCUAUAAAAUCAACGGUGAAGCUAUAAAAAGUUACAAAAAAAACCCCUCAACCACACAAAAACAAACACAAUAAAAAAUAGCCCAAAGCGCCGAGGGCCUUCUGGAGGUUCCCUCACUGCGAGAAGUGAGGUUACAGGGAACCAGGCAGAGGGCCUUCUCGGUAGUGGCACCUGCCCUAUGGAACGCCCUCCCAGCAGAUGUCGAGGAAAUAAGCAACUAACUUACUUUCAAAGGACAUCUGAAGGCAGCCCUGUUUAGGGAAGUUUUUAAUGUUUAAUGCUGUAUUGUGUUUUUAACAUUCGCUUGGGAGCCGCCCAGAGUGGCUGGGGAAACCCAGCCAGGUGGGCAGGGUAUUAAUAAUAACAUUAUUAUUAUUAUUAUUAUUAUUAUUAUUUCCCAAGCUUGGGAAUUCAGCUGUUGUUGAACUGCAACUCCCAACAUCCCUAGCUAGCAGGACCAUUGGUCAGGGAUGAUGGGAACUGUAGUCCAAAAACAGCUGGAGACCCAAGUUUGGGAACCCCUGCUCAAGAACAUAUUUCACUGUGCUUAUGUGGUUUAGAGUUAAUCCAGUCUUUCUCAAUUCCAUGUGCUCUCGAUGUUUGAACUACAUAUGCCAUCAGCCUAGGAGUUAUUGUCCAAAGCAUUUGAGGAGCCCCGGGGUGGGGAAGGGUAGUUUGGGUAAAAGUACUUAUUGUGGGUCUGUGUCUCAUGGGCUUCUGCGCUUAGAGAUCUGAAGCUGUCUUACCUUUGAAGUGUUCAGAAGCUCAAUAUUUAAUCAGUUUUUGGUGGGGGGUUUUUGAGAGAGAGAGAAAGAGAGACCCAAAGUGACUUUCUUGGUAAAAGGAUUUAUGGCAUGGCGACAUCAGCUUAAUAAAGGGGUUCUGCCAUGUGUCGCUGCUCUUUUUGCCCCAACCAAAUGUGGCUCUCCGGCCAGCACAACCCAGCAGAUUCUCAGGGGGGCGGGUCUCCUCCUGCAGCUCAUGCUUUCCAGCACUGCAUACCUCAGGAAGGACCCUAGGUUUAUGGAGGAAGAGAGAGAUGCUUUCAUGCAGCGUUUCAGUUCCAGGUAUGGAAGCAUCUCCCAUGCUUCAUGCCCACCUUCCCUCAAAGGAGCUAGUACCAUAAUUUCAUAUCCACUGUAUCUCAAGGAGCAGCCAGCUGAGGAUUUUCUACAUGAUGCCUUCACCUUUUAGUCCAGUCUGAAAGCAAGGCAUUGUGGGUAGAGAGUGAUACGCCAGCUCUCAUCCGAGUGAUGGGGUUCGUGAGGUGUUGCUGGUUGGCCAGGCAUCCUCGGAACACAAGGCAAUGGAAUGAUCUCCGGUUUCUGCGCUGUCCUUUCAUCCGGAUACUAAAGUUGUAGCAUGAGACACAGUAACUCCAUCCUGUUUUUUUUUUCUACUCUAAAAUCCAUGUAAUGUGUUCACUUCCCCCUAAGUGAUGAGGCCACCCCCUUGAUAGUCUCUUAUCCUGCCCCCCACCCCCCGCAAAUAGUUGUGGCUAACCUCUAUGCUUGUUUCUUUUCUUUUUUUAUACUUCAUUUUAUUUUGCUUCUUGACUUGUAAAAUUAGAUGAAUAACAAGAUGCUUUUCCCUCCUAGAACGUAUCCUCCCCUGAGAGUUCCCCUGCGCAUAGGCCCGAGUCCCUGUCGCCCGAGGUAGUUAUCACACCAUCUCAAUUGGAGGCGGAGAGAGUGUGUAGUUUGCGUGGUGAGCGUGUGUGUGUGUGUGUGUGUACACUUGGAGGGAGGAGGGAUAGGGGAAGCAGUGGGUGGGGAAGAAGGGGCUAGUCAAGUCAGAUUCCUUUGUUGUUGAAGUUGAGAAUUGAGUGGUGAACAAAGGGAAAAUGCCCACCACUUUCCAGUUAAUUUUUCUGAAGUAGCAUUUCCUGGGGGGGGGGGGGGAGAGAGAGAGAGAGAAGGGAAGGGAGAGGAGAAAAUGAAUCAGACUCUUUUAAUUUUUGGUGGCUGGCCCUGGGCCUUGCAACCACUGUGCUGUAUGUUUUAUUGAACCCAUCUUCUUAAUCCAUUGCAGCAUAGACAGUCCUGCUCCUGCUUUGUGCCAAAAGUCCACAUUCUUCAAGAUACAAACUCUGUGGUCAGAUUCAAUUGUGCAACUCGAUAAGCAUAAUGCAAAGUUAAUUGUUUUGUCUGGUGGAGUUUGGAGUCUGAGGCCAGGGAGCGAUAUGGCUCCUAAGAGGGCAAGGAUGGCUAUGUGGUUGUACAGACCUAGAGAUCAUUUUCUGGCAGGAUUUGAUCUGUUUUUGUUUUCAGGCCAUGAUUGUUUUAUAACAAACUGUUUUGAUGCAUGGCUUCCACCGAAAAGCAAUGUAACACUUUUAUAAAACAAAUGCAUGAGUAGCGGAACAUAGAGCCCAAGAGGAGAAGGGAGGGACAGAUUCUGAAAGAGGACUGGAAACUUAGGUCUAGCUUCCCAGAAAUCUAGUUAAAACAGUGUGCCGGGUGCCAAAGCCGGUCUGGAACUGCAAAAGGCCAACAGCCCUCAACCUGAAUGUCUCAAACAAGUACCAAACUGGGGAGUUGCUCACUGACGGCUGCCCUCCUGGAUAGCCAAAAAGUGCCUGGACUUUCCAAAGCAUUAGACACAACAGUCUGUCCUCCAUCGUGAAGAGCAAAAUGGAUUGAAGACUGCAGGUCAUAGGAUUCCGGCAGAGGCUUAUGGGUGCCUUCAUGCCUUUAUGCAUUUGUACUCCCUCCCCCCCCCCCGUGCCCUAAAUCUGCCACGCACAUCUUGUCUGAUGUAUGUAUUUGCACCACACAGCAUUUUGUCCAUUACAGUACACACAAACAUGCACACCUUUCCUUGCCUAGAAAUGGAUCUUUGUGAAGGAAAGGGGUGCGACACAGCUCUUAGGUUUGUCUGCUUUCACUCCAAGGCAGCGGGACAAGAGAGCUUUGUUUUGUAACCCUCCCACCUGCAGCCUAUCAAACGGAGAACCAGCACUUUGUAGAGUGGGGUUAUACCCCCAUUUCAGUUUAGGUGGUCAGCCUGCAAGCAUAAUGUUGGGAUGCUGUAUCUAAACACCACCAUGGCAAAAAUUCAAGAUAACAUAAAAGGGAUAGAAGCUAAUAAUGGACAUAUCUGCAAAGCUUGAGGUAGGCAGUGCACUGUCAACAGUUUUCUAAGUUGCAGAGCAGGAAUGAGCUAUGCAGUAUGGUUUAUGUUCGUUGGUCUUAUUUUGAUCAGAGUACCGAGGCUUUUGUAAAUCCUUGACAGCUUGGACAGGGAUGGGAGUUAUUGGGGGCAGAGGAAAGUUUGGGAGCAGUGCAGGGUGCUAAAGAUUCAUCCCCAUUGAAUGGGCAGCUCCUCUCCCAAUUACUUUUUGAUGUAGCCACCACCCACACUUUUUUAAGGGCCUUGUAAUAAUUGGAAACCUGUUAACCCAGGAUUCUGCCCGUGGCUUGCAUGCCAUCCUGCGAAGCUUAGAUUCUGUCACGUGUGCUUGUCAGUUCUCUUCUUCAGAGAUUUCUGAAUGCCGUGAAGCGUGCUUGCAAAGUGUGCUUGUGACUAGCUUUACAACAAAGAGGUUGGUGGAUAAGAGUACCUGGUGUGUGGUGCCUUGAAGUUUUCCUUGAUUCUUCACCUUUUAUUGAAAUGGUUGUGACGUUAUAUGUUAAAUAGUGACCUUGAAAACACACCGAGGCUCAUUUGAGCCGCCAACAUCACCAUCCACGAGGGGGAGGGACCCUGCAAAUUUAAUUUGCCUCCAGAAAUUCCGCAGAGGAAGAGAGCGACUAUGCAGCUAGGGGGGAGAAAAAACCCAGGCAGAGCGGAGAGCAAAAGACUGGGAACAAAGAGUGAGAAAGCCGUAUAUGUGCUGUCCGUGGGAAAGGGGGUCUUUCCUGAAUUAAAAGUGUUUUUCUCUUGUCUGCCCCUUUCACCUGCUUCUCUACCCUGUCUGAUAUCCUCUCCCUCGCCCGCCCCCACACCCCCUUUGUUGGUCCUUCCAGCUCUGCCUUAGGACGGACCUUGACCUACAGAAGGCAGGAUUCCUGGAUGCCGGCACUAACAGCUGUCCAGAGAAACCCUCCUUGCUCACUCCGGGGCAUUCUGACCUGGCAUCCCAGCCCUUGGAGACCAGCUUCCCAGGAAAGAGUGGAGAAGCCCAGGCGCUGCUACGAAGUUCCGACCAGGCUUUUCGGACAGAGUUUAACUUGAUGUAUGCCUUCUCCCCUCUGAAUGCUAUGCCUCGGGCAGACGGAUUGUUACGAGAGUCUCCACAGAUGGCCGACGGGAAGCUUCUGAAUCCAGACAGGGGCUGCUGCAGUUCCCCUGCGGAGGGAUACUUUGGCAGGCACGAGCAGGCGCUUCUGAAAGAAGCCGCGCACGGACCCUUGCCCCCCUGCGGCGAGAAAACCUGCGAAGGCGUUAAAUCCACACCCCAGAACCCUCCGCAGAGGAAAAAGGCAAGUAUCCGACAUGAGUAACACAAGCACAGUCACUUGAGGCAGAAAGGAGGGCCUGCCCGGGGUGUUUGUGUGUCUGUGUGUGCGCUUGCUGGGAAAUCGUACAAGAGGAGGCAGCCUGGACCCUGCUGAGAGACAAUGCAGACUCUCCAUUUCUUGGUAGCGUUAGCAGCUGAGGCAUCUUUCUUUGGUGACAACAGGAUGAAAGCAGACAUCACGUUCCCUGGAGGCUCAGAGAAGUCCAUGCAAUAGAGUGCGGGGUCUGUUCUUAGAGGGGGGUUCUUGUCUCCGCUUCAUGUUGUGCUCGAUUCUGUGUGACCCGGAGGUCUGGCUUUAGGUUUCCUGCUGGCCAUAGGCUGGAGAGCAGCUUCCUUGCACCAGCACAAAACCCAUGUAGCCCACAGGGCAUUGCAGCAGGUGCCUUUUAAGCGCACGUAUGCACACACGCACGAGUGUUGAGUCAUGUCACCUGCCUGAAGCUGAUGAUAGCCUUUUCUCUCCUAGGUAUCCCUUCUGGAGUACCGCAAACGAAAGCAAGAAGCCAAGGAGGGAGGGGAUUCCUCUCGAUGCACAGGGACACCUACCCGGCUGAGUGUCAGCUGCUCGGGGGCAGAUGUGGAUGCUGCUGGCCUCGUGCAGGGCUCGGGGGCCCACACCCUGUCUUCUCCACAGCAUGGCUUCUCCCCCUCUCAUUCUUCUUCGUCUCACCUGGAGGAAGUCAGCCCACCAGAACCACGGGGGACCACGCACAGCAAAUCCCAGGACAGCAUCAGCAGUAGAUGGUGAGUCUCGGGAAGCAAACUAUGGCAGAGACACGUGUUGUUUCUAGGAGUUCCUCCCUGACAAGAUGAGAAGAGAUAAAAAUGUUUAUGCCCUGUGCCGUGUCUUGCCUCACUUUGGUCUUAAAGGGGAGGAUGAUAACAUCGAUAGCGAACUUUCAGCACAGAGAGAGCACUUUCCACAGCUCUCCCUUACUGUGGGCUGCAGUCCGCAAAGAGCCACCCUGCUGGAUUCAACCAAAGGCCUGUCCAGCAUUGUUUCCAGCAAUGGCCUGCCAGGUAAUUUCAGGAAACUUACAAGGAGAUCAGAAAACAACAGCCCUUUUCUCUUACUCGUCCCAAGCAUCUGGUAUUCAGAGUCCAGUUGCCUCUGAACUCAGAGGUUCUGUUAAGUUAUCAUAGCUAAUUGCCAUUAUUCUGCUGUCAGUGAACUUACAGAAUUUGGCUUCCCAAAUUUUUGUUUUUACCUUGCCACAUAUUGACACUGCUUCUAUAAGCAAGUUGCAGCACUACAGUGGUACCUCUGGUUACGUACUUAAUUCGUUCCGGAUGUCCAUUCUUAACCUGAAACUGUUCUUAACCUGAAGCACCACUUUAGCUAAUGGGGCCUCCCGCUGCUGCCGCACGGUUCUCAUCCUGAAGCAAAGUUCUUAACCCGAGGUACUAUUUCUGGGUUAGUGGAGUCUGUAACCUGAAGCAUAUGUAACCUGAAGUGUAUGUAACCCGAGGUAUCACUGUAGUAGCAUCCGAGUUUAGUGAUUCCAAAGACUGUGGUCUUUGUUAGAUCUGCAGUGUUACAUGCGCUCCGGAGUUCCAACUUUUCUGCCCUUCGCAACUAGCGGGCAGUGGUGGGGCAGAGCUGUUUCAGAGUGGGGGGCCAGGGUUAGAGUCCUGUACACUCAAGCUUGUUACGUUUCCUCCUGAGGACCUUCCUCUACCUUUGCGUACAGAUAACUGACCUUUUCUGCUGCAUCAGCUAUACUGGGGACAGGUGGUGACUUCGAAUCACAAGCCAUAUUUACACAAAGGGUAAAAUUCUGGCUGCCGUGCUUCAGCGUGGAACAUGCUGUACACGCCUUCUUUCACACUCCUUGCAACUGCCUUGUGAAGGAGGCUGGGCACCAUUGUUCCGAUUUUACUUAUAGUAAAAAGUUGAGAGUCGAAUGACCUACCCAGAGCCCCUUCAGCGAGUCCAAUUCUCACUAAAGUGGUCCUAAGCAGAGAAAAUCCAUACCAGCUGUGUAAAAUGAGCAUUUUAACAUUUCAAAUUACCUUGGUGAGCAGAGCAUGGUGAAAUAGAGCUUUGUUUUCUGCAUUACAGUUUCAUUUGUGUAUCAACUGGAGACCUCUCUAAAGUAAAAUCUCUGGCUAUAUUUUUACUGCCCCAGAGCAAUCCAUCCUAAUAAACACUGCAGCCGUGGCAGCAUUCCAGCAGUGGUUGGGUUGCUCGUACAAUAUCCUGUGUAUGCCUCGAACUCCUAUCCCAGGGUAACUGCCUUCUGUUUCCCCCAACGAAACUGUAGAAAUAGGCUGCAGUCUUACCAUUUGAUUAAAAUGGUUCUUUGUCUCUAAUGAAUAUUUUCUAGCCAUCAUUGUGAGACAAGCUCCACUCUGCCCUAGAAUUAAACAGCACUUGCCUCAACAACUAAGGUGCACAAGCUUUAAGCUGCAGGAUGCGCAUUUUGUAGGAAUGCACAUGAACAAAACCCAUCCAGACCGCAGGGGAACCUUUCAAUAUAAUAAACUACUGUUGUUGUUGUUGUUGUUGUUGUUGUUGUUGUUUAAAAAACCCAACAAAACAUUGCCAUGAGAUGCUUGAAAUUGUUUAGACCUCUUGAAGGGUCAUAGAAUCAUAGAAUCAUAGAGUUGGAAGAGACCACAAGGGCCAUCGAGUCCAACCCCCUGCCAAGCAGGAAACACCAUCAGAGCACUCCUGACAUAUGGUUGUCAAGCCUCUGCUUAAAGACCUCCAAAGAAGGAGACUCCACCACACCCCUUGGCAGCAAAUUCCACUGUCGAACAGCUCUUAUUGUCAGGAAGUUCUUCCUAAUGUUUAGGUGGAAUCUUCUUUCUUGUAGUUUGGAUCCAUUGCUCCGUGUCCGCUUCUCUGGAGCAGCAGAAAACAACCUUUCUCCCUCCUCUAUGUGACAUCCUUUUAUAUAUUUGAACAUGGCUAUCAUAUCACCCCUUAACCUCCUCUUCUCCAGGCUAAACAUGCCCAGCUCCCUUAGCCGUUCCUCAUAAGGCAUCGUUUUCAGGCCUUUGACCAUUUUGGUUGCCCUCCUCUGGUCACGUUCCAGUUUGUCAGUGUCCUUCUUGAACUGUGGUGCCCAGAACUGGACACAGUACUCCAGGUGAGGUCUGACCAGAGCAGAAUACAGUGGCACUAUUACUUCCCUUGAUCUAGAUGCUAUACUCCUAUUGAUGCAGCCCAGAAUUGCAUUGGCUUUUUUAGCUGCUGCGUCACACUGUUGGCUCAUGUCAAGUUUGUGGUCAACCAAGUCUCCUAGAUCCUUUUCACAUGUACUGCUCUCAAGCCAGGUGUCACCCAUCUUGUAUUUGUGCCUCUCAUUUUUUUUGCCCAAGUGCAAUACUUUACAUUUCUCCCUGUUAAAAUUCAUCUUGUUUGUUUUGUCCUGAGGUGUCAUUCCCAUUCUCGCUCUUUUGUGCCCUGCUAUAGGAUGGUUCCCACCUCGGUGGAGCGGCUGCGAGAAGGCCGUGGGAUUCUGGAGAAGGUUUUACGCAGCAGCGCCAAGUUGUGUCAGAGAGGAGAGCCCUCGCCCACUCGGGAGAGCCUAGGGGAGAGAGAAGCAGGUAAAUGGGAAUGCACUGGGGGUGGGGGGAGCUGCCUUUGGAGCUCGAGCAGGUGGGGCUGAAUCUACAGGCAGGGCUCUGAUCUUGAGGAAUGACGGAGUCCAAGACCGUCUGUGAGUUACGGGACUUCUGCUCACAUCACUCCAAACAAAGCAGUUAAGAUUAAUUCGCUAGCUUUGUCUUGUGGAUGCAGGUAUAAGUCUCUCUCUCUCUCUACUGAUUGACUUACACAAGUGUUUACAAUUCUACAGUGAGGUAUUCAAGAAGAGGUUGGGCGGGCAUAGAAUUCAAGAGUUCAAAGAGACCCCAAGGGUCUUCUAGUCCAACCUCCUGCAAUGCAGGAAUCUCAGCUGAAGCAUCCGUGACAGAUGCCCAUCCGACCUCUGUUUAAAAACCUCCAAGGAAGGAGAGUCCAUCACCUCCUGGAGGAGUAUGUUGAUCCAGUGUCAAACAGCUCUUACCAUCAGAAAUUUCUUCCCAAUGUUUAGUUGGAAUCUCCUUUCUUUGUAAUUUGAAUCCCUUGGUUUGGGUCCUAGCCUCCAGAGCAGAAGAAAACAAGCUUGCUCUAUCCUCCAUGUGGAAGCCCUUGAGAUAUUUGAAGGUGGCUAUCGUAUCUCAGUCUCCUCUUUAUCUCAACUGUUCCUCAUAAGGCUUGGUUUCCAGACCCUUGAUCAUCUUGGUUGCCCUCCUCUGCACGCAUUCCAGCUUGUCAAUAUCCUUCUCAAAUUGGGGCACCCAGAACUGGACACAGUACUCUAGGUGUGGUCUGACCAAGGCAGAAGAGAGGAAAGAGGAUUCACUAGAUGAUGAUUCUGUGAAAGAGAGUCUUUCUCUCCCCCUGCCUUCAGUGUUGCUCCUCUAGCUAUUGAGGUUUUAUUAGUUUUAUUCUAAUCCUUCCUACAUUUCAGUUUUUCUAGAGCUGGGGCUCUUCAGGGGGUCUCUCUCACACCUGUCCCUGCUACAGGGGCUCACCUGUAGCUGGUUCCUCCUAAUCCAGCAACCUGUAUUUCUGCUGCUAGACCCUCUCUGCUCUGCCUUCCAGAUGCUGCGGAAGGAGAUUCGACAGACCCCCUCAACCCUUCCCUCAAGGGACCAGCCGUUUAUAGUCCUUCACGUUACAGCUACCAGGUACGUGAGGCAAUACCCGCCUCGUGCCGUUCACGGUUCCCGUGCAGUUGGCACUCGGGCGCGGCCCAGCCUUUCUUGCCGGGGUUGCAGAGCCGGAUGCCAAACGGCGGUUUUGUGACGCCUGCUUCUUUCCCUUGCAGCUCUUGCAGUCGGACAGCCCGCGGGCGGAGUCGCAGACCGUCCUCCAGAGCGCCUCCCCGUACCGAGGACACCCCAUGCCAUCCCCUGGCUACAGCUACAGGUCCCAGUCCCAGAGAGCAGGGCACCUUCCGCCCCUCGGCUCCUCAGAACCCUCCCUUUCCUCUGCCCCCCCGGUCGCCACAGACUCCUCGGCUCUGUUUGCAGGGAACUCUGGGUAUUAUAGCAGCCAGCAGCCGUCUGGCAGUGGCGUCUUGAAGAAGAGCUGCCCCGUAGCCACUGCUCCCAGCCCUGCCCAGACGGCGGCAGCCGUAGACUGUUUGCCCCCCUCUGAAACAGGGUCUCAUCCCUGCGUGGGAACCGCCGGCUGCCCUCCUUCCUCCUCCUCCUCCUCCACCACCACUUCCUCGUCGUCUUCUUCCUCGUCGUCCUCCAGGCCCUCGCAGCCAGACUUGCGGACUAUCAACCCUCCCGCCUCUGGGCAGCCUGCUCUGUACCAGAGCUCCAGAGCCGCAGCACUUUCCAGCUCGCAGCAGCACUACUCCCACCGAGGGGGAGGAGGCAGCAUCAAUCAAUACAGACUGCAGCAGCUUGCAGGGUCAGGCGUAAAGACUCAGACCGGCUUUUCUUAG